AUGCUGUUCCUCGCUCUGUUGUCGGUUGUGUUGGCAUGCUUCUUCGCCAAUGCCCAGCAAACCGGACUUGAACACCAUGUUAUACCGUAUAAAGGUAAGCAAUUAAUUUAAAGUUGUUGUGCACAAAAAUAAAAAAUAAAAAUCAAACCGUCAUAAUUCUCACCCUGUACAACCCCAUCGAAUGUUGUUAACAGGAAGAUAUGGUAUAUAUAUAUAUAUAUAUAUAUAUAAUUAUAUAUUACACAUAAAGGGUGAUGGGUAGACGAUUCUGAGUGGUGCUCGGUUUAACAUUUUCUUUACGAUUAAAAUUUGAUUAAACAAGAAAUAAUGUACGAUUUUUAAGAAUUAAAAAAAUAUGACAAAUUUUUUCAAGCAUUUAUAGACAUGGUCAAUUGGUAAAUUCGAAUACUUAACAUGAAAGAGAUAGUUUAAUAGAAUAUAUUUUUGUCACGUCCAUUAAAAAAACUACUAGGAUUUCUUUUAAGUUAUUUAUUGCAGAAUUAAAAAAAUAAUAAUAAAUAAAUAAAUUUAUUUUCGACAAAGGCUGUCGAGUCGGAGUUGUGUAGUAUAAAAAUAUUCUCGUUUUACCGACUUUUUUUCCGGUUUUCCUCGUUAUAGGAAUUUCGUUUGAAAAAUGCAUCCCGAAUGUAUCACCUUUAGGUGCUUGUACACUAAAAUAAGUUGGUACCAGAAACCAACCACACACAAGUCUUCUGGUCAAAAUUGUGCUGUAAAAAAAAUAUCACAUAGUAAAACUGAUACGCAUUCCACUCCCCGUCCAAAAUCUAAAAUAAUAUUACACCGCCAUAGAUAAAAAUAUUAUUAUGGUCGUUCUUAACUAUAAAUAGUUAAACGUCUUGACGUUUUUGAUAAACGUCAAACGGACAGUGGCGCGGACAAUAAUAUUAUUCCUUCGGAACUCACGAAGCUGCCUUGAACCGUCGUCGUCGUGGGUUUCUAUAUAAAAAGUAACACUCGUAUAAUAUAUAGAAAGUACCACUAAAUCAUCGUGCGAUGUGACACGACAGUGCAACUUUGCAGAGUAUAAUAAUAUAAGUACCCUAACGAGCAGGAGACUUAUUUAGAUGGUUUGCUGCAGAUUCUCGAGCACUGUGUCUACGGGGGUUAUUACUAUUAUUAUUAUUAUUAUUACGGUUGCAUGACUAAAUUUAGUGUUAAAAAGUGCGCACGCUUUGUUGUCCGUUAUUGUCCAGAGUCGGGUAAUAAAUUUACCUCGACGUGUAUAAAUAUGACAUAUUAUAUUUUAUCUGUGUAUUACCGUAAAAAUUGCGUUUCAGAGUAAUAUAUAAUUUUACUACUGAACGAUAAAACUGCAAUACCAGGUACCUAAUUAUUACAUCGUCACAAUAGCAAUAUGAAUAAUGAUGAUAAUAAUAAUAAUAGCAAUAAAAUAAUAACUUUUUUUUUUAUCUUUAUCGUUUAAUAAAGCAAUAAUAUUGUUAUUAGAUUAUAUGUGAUACAUAAGGUGCUAAUUUUUUUAGAUAUUAUUUAUAAUAUAACUAAGUGGCGAUCUAUAACCUAGUAAUAUUAUUAUAUGGCUACAGUUACAUAUUUCCAUAAACUAGGCAAAUACACAUAAUGAAUUUAUAUUCUGAUAACUACCAAACUUGUAUAGUAUAUGUUCUAUGGGUGCAAUAAUGCAAUUGACAUAAUAUUAUUAAAUAUUUUUAAGUAUUGGUGUAUAUUUGUUUUUAUCUGUCACAAUAAAAAGACGACAAUAAUAAAAUAAACGCAUCAUCGUUAAUUUUUUACUUAGUUGUGUAAGUAUUUAUUACUUAAUUAAAUAAAAACAAAAAAAAAACAGUUUUUCAAAUUAUUAUUUGAGUAGUUUCAUUAAUGAGCAUUAAUUAGCAUGCAUAAUUUUGUCUUCUUCUUAUCUCUGGUAUCACAACACUUAAAUAGUUUUCGUGGCGACAUUGCCUUCCAAUCUUUGUAUUUGUAUAGGUACAUUCUCUUGCAGCCAAUACACUCUACGUGCACUCAAUUUAUUUGGGUCUUGUUUCACCCCAUCUAUCCAUCGUUUUUUUGAAGGACGUCCCCUAGUUCUUUGUAUACGAUUGAAUUUCAAGAAAUUAUAUCAAACCCGUAUUUACAGUAGGCGUGAAUCCAUUAAUAUCCUUGCAUUACCUAUAUAUAUAUAUUUAAACAAAACAUUAUAGGCAUUUUAGAUGCGGAAAUUAAGUUUUUAAUUUAAAAUUUUAUUUAGUCAGUAUAAUGUUAUCCAGUCAAUAUUAGGUCGUGCCAUGACCCGACUGGCCUGAUUAGUAGUUUUAACUAUGGGUGUAACUCAGAAUAAGUAUAUUAGUUACAAGUUAUGCCGAGACAUCAAUAUGUUAUGUAUUCUAUAACUAUUUUCUAUAGUCUAUUACUAUUAUUUAAUAAUUGAUUUUUUUUUUUUUUAAAUACACUUUAUAGAUUGGUCGAAUCCCUAUUUUUAUCUAUGUCCCGAGCAAAAACCAAUUUAGCCACUUUCAAUUCGAAAUCAUAACUACGCCACUAAGUAUACCUGCAUUAUAAUGUAGUGCUAAAAAAAAAAAUAUAUAUAUAUAUAUUAUAAUACCGAAAUGCAAUGCAGCGUGGUUAUAAUACAUCUACUUGUAUAUAAUGUAAAUGUAUCCCAGCCAAAAGACAAUAUAAUAUUGUAAUAAUAUAUAGAUUUAAGACAAUGGAAAUAAAAAAUUAAUACCAGUGUUGUUUUUGAUUUCGCAUCAGCGUUAAAUAUUAAAUAGGUGUAUAUAUAUAUAUAUAUAUAAUACGGAUCAAUCCGUUUGGCUAGGUUUUAUUAGUAAUAAUAAUCAUCUGAAGCGCAUAGGCACACAGGUACGAUAAUAAUAAGGCGAGCGAAAAUGGCACACACGUAUUUAUAUAUAGUGUACCUACGUUAUUAUACUGUUAGACGAGACGCGGUUUUUUUUCUUCUUUUGAAUCUCGGGACGUUCAGGAGGUCCUUGCCAUCGGGGGUUUGUAAUAUACACGAAGACAUUUUUUUUUUUCGCGUUCGUGACCUUCGUUUGCGGACGUCCGGAUCUCGCGUCACUUCGCGGAGGGGAACGUUUUCUCGUUAAUGAAGACGUGCCCGUUUAGGCUAUAUAGGUACUCGCAUGUAUACAAAUCAUCCGUUAUAAGACCAGAAGCUCUGCCGCGACCGGCUCUGAAAAAGAAUGCCGUAUUGUCCUUAUACAGUGCUAUGCCGGACCUGCAGUGUGUGCGUAUUUUUUUUCUUCUUUCCCGACCGUAGUCCACUGCGCGUCGCGUUUGGCCCCGAGAUUUCACGUCUGCGUCCUAAAUUUCGAAUUUUCGAAAACACACGCGCGCGCUCUGUACGUAAACUGCAGGGAUUGAAUUUUUUUUUUUUAAUUGGCCCACUAUAUUAUUAUUGUAAUGUACUCGGUCUCGGCCGCGGGUGCCAGCGAGACGGGGAAAUAUCGUAUAGCAGCGGAAAACAAUGCCCGCAAAGUUUGCAUAAUAAUAACAAUAAUAAUGGUAAUAUUUCUAUAAUGUCAACGGUGACUCGGCGGAACGCGCGCGCGAUGCCAUAGACUGUUUCCCACGCGAGAGCGCGCGCGCGCCCAGGCGACCAUAUCUGUUCUGUGAUAAUAAUAAUAAUUGCUGUUGUUGUUGUUGUUGUUAUUGCUGCCGUUAUAAUAAGAAUAUAAUAAUAAUAAUAUUAUAUGGGAGAGGUCAAGGGAUAUGAUAAAAUAUUAUAUAUAGGUAGCGAAACUCGUGGGCAAACUUGUUGAUCGCGGAUGUAGUCAUAGUUGCCUAUACCGUGUUGCGUGGUGUACCGCGAAUUGCACAAAACCUACUGCUGCAAUUACGCGGUGUCUUAUAUCGAACAUCCCGAUUAUUAUCGAAGUUUUUUCACAUACACACACACACAAAACAUAAUAUUUUAUACUUUCACGGUAUUCAAACUAAUAAUAUUGCACACACAUUAUAAUACUAUAGUCAUUCUUUCUUUCUUCUUUAUAACUUGAAAGUUUUUUAAUAGCUUCCGCUAUCAACACAACUUCUGUCCAUCUAUAUUAUCUUCAACGUAUUAUUCCCAUUUCAUCCGUGUCUCUUCCAUGAACGCUUUCUGCAUCUUCCUUUGGAAAUUUUACCCUUUGUUCUCCAUAUUGUAUUUAUACAGUCGUUUUGAUUCCGUCUUCAUUUAUCCUGUGAAUGUCCAAACUGCAGUCUUUGUCCUUUUGAUAAAAUUAAUUAUCACGUAUACGGUAGAUUUGUUAUCUCACGUAGCUCCUUAUUAUUGCUACUCAUACGUCCCUUUUCAAUCAAAAACCGCACCGCAUAUCGAAUUCAAUAUUUUGUUUUCAAAUGUGAUUUGUUUUUAAUUAUUUUUUCGAUAAUCCACUGCUAUGACAUUAAAACGGCUAGAAUGAAAUAACGAGGGUUUUCUACUUGGGUUCAUUUUAUUAUGUACCUGUUAUACUAUUACUGACCACAUGAUGUUUUCAGUGAAUAUACACGAUUAGUGGUGAAAUCAUUUUUGUUAAUCAUAUUAUUACAGGUAAGCUAAAUAAAUCCGAAACGUUUAAAAGGACACGGAUUAGUUUCACUCGAAUCGAAAGAAUGAUACUUAUUAAUAUACUUCGAAAAUUAAAAAAAAAAAUUUUUCUUCACUUUUGUAUUCGUAAAUAAAUAUUUUACUUUCAGAAAACACUUGACCAUAUGUUCCUAUUAUACUCGAUUAAUAAAAUACGCACUUGACUUUCUCUUGGUUUUUUUUUUAAAUAACCAAAGAUGGAUUAGAUUUGCUCUUUAUUGUUACAUGUUGCUUGCUGCAGGUUAAGUUUUCAUUCGUAUUAAUGUAUAUCCUUUUUUUUCUCUCAUUCGAUUAUCGAAUUCUGAUCAGAUUAUAAAAAGAUAUAUGAAUUUACUGGGUACGACACGACAUGUUUUCGAAAGUAAGAAACAAAAAAAAAAAAAAACAAUUUGUUAAUCUUCAUAAAUCUUAAUUGUAUAUAAACCAAAUGAAUAAUAAUAAUAAUUAUUAUUAUAUCCAGUCUAACGUAUUGGCCAUAAACAAUUCUUUUUUUUUUUUUAAAUUAUUAGUUCAUCGGACGUGUUAAUCUUCAGCGUGUAAGAGUACACCGUAUCUUAAGUAUUUUAAGUGUUGCCAUAAACUUAUUUUGUAUAUUAUAUAGUCGUACGUGCUAAUUUUGAUAUGCCCGAAGUAACGACUCGUUGUAAAGAAAAUACAAAUUAUUAUAUCAGAACCGAGACAGGGGAUAGGAAAAGAAUUAAUACCGCGAAGGAAAUAAUAAUAAUUUGUUUAGAGAUGAAGUUAAGGCUUCGUGUAGAUUUAUUUUUAUUUUUUUACUUGACGUGUACAUAAAACAUUGUUGAUAUUUGAAGUAACCGCAUUUAAAAAAGAAUAAAUAAUAAUAAUAAAAACAAGAAAAUAAACGACGAAUGUAUAAUUAUUAUUAAAAAAAAACUCGUCUAUAUUAUAGGAACAUUAAAUAUUAUAUAGGAAGGGGAAAAAUACAAAAUUAUAUAAAUAAUAAAAUAUUCUUGAAGCGUCCAAAGUCGGCGUUAGCAAAAAUUGACGGAGGGUAUAAUUGAAAAUUUGAUGACGUCAAAUACGGCCGACUUCUUAAAAUGUUUUAUCCGUUAUUUUGUCAUUUGUCCUUUGAGAAGUUAGUUAUAAAUCUAACGAUAGUAUAAAAUAUUACGUAAUUUCACAUAAUAUAAAAAACAAAACAAAAACUAAGAAAUUACAUUUGGUUUUGCCAAAUUCAAAAUUGAAUUGUCUUUGUUACAUAAUCUCAUGCGCCCUAUUAAAUCGUCAUUUCGAUAUAAAGAAAAUGUGUUCGCGUUAAUGAGCAAACACUCAGUUCUGCGGUUUCCUAACUUUCCCGCGUCUAUAUCGGUUCAGUCCAUCGCGUAGUCUAGGCGAAAUUGACUUGAAGACGUACGCCGAAACACGUGUUUGGGCGACUGAACGGUAAAAAAAAUGAUUUCACGUUAAAUGCUAAAUGUUAAAAUCAUGACUGGUCCGAUCAGAUUCGUAAUUCUUCUUAACUGAACUGAACGGGUCCAGUGUGCUCGCUCUUUUGUGAAAUAAUUAUCAUUAUUGUAAAUGUAUAUUAUUUACACAGUAUUUUGUAUUUUAAUUUGAUUAUGUGUAGGUAAAAUAAAUUAUGAAUAAUAUUUAAUCAUUUAUUAUGUAGCUACCUAUCCAAUUAGCUUAAUUAAAGCAUGAACGAUAUGCAAUGUACCGAAAAAGAUCACAGAAAACAGAUUGCCGAUAAGAGGUUAUUGUUAAUCAGCAACAUAUAAUCACCUAUGGGGAAAAAAAACGGUUUUUUUUUUUUUUUUUGUAAAUUUUAACUGAACAAUAAACGUGUUUUUUUUACGAUGCGAUAAGAAAAUAUCCGUUGUAUAAAAUGUCGAAAUAUUCAAACUGAAACCCGGUUUAUAACGAAGCGAUAGUGUUAAAAAUAAAGGAUGUGCACAUUAUAACUGUAGUUAUAAUUAUUGUUUAUGUCUUAAAUUAUAUAAAUUAUUAACUUAAACUUAAUUUUCAAUUCAAAACUCAUUUUGCUACAGUUUAUUUCCGUAAACAUCUUGUUAACGGGCAAAAUGAAAAAUACUGGUUGAAUCGGUUAUUUUCUUUCUGGAAAUUCGAAAAUCAAAUGAAAUUUAAUUUAUAAGCUAGUCGAAUUUUAUUUUUAAUAGCGAUUAAAGCAACGGACAAAUGAAUAUUAUACUUUCGGCCAGAAAUAUUUUACUCUACAUUGAUAGUAUGUUGUAUACCUCCUACACCGAGGAAUAUCCAAAUAUAACUUAUUAUAUACUGUCCACUGAAUAUCUUCAGAACGGACACGUUUUCUAUUAACAGAAAUCAAAAUUAAUGAAAUUUUGAACCGCGCUGUUUAUUUCUCGUAAUUUAGUACCUUCUCCCCUCUGAAAAAAAGUUAAUCUUAACUACUAGUAUAUUAUAUAUUAGAAUGUUUUAUUUGAACUCAAAUCUUAUUACUGAAGAAAAUAAAAUGUGAUUAUACUAUUUGUCGCGUUAUUCAAAAUCACAAUAAAAACUAAAGUCAACUCCACGCUUUUAGAUUUUACUGCGUAUGUGUUUUUUUUUUAUUUAGUUUAUGUCAAUAACGGUUUCAUUGUUAUUUUAUGUCCUUUUUGUUGUGAUUCGGUUAAAAAUAAUUAUAGAGACUUGAAAUUUCCUCAAACAUUUUAUAUUAACUUUUUAAAGACGUGGUAUAAUUUUCAAUAAAUUGUAGAACUUUUUAAGCUUUUUAUUGGCAUUUUAUGUUUGCAUGUUUUUACGUAAUUUUUAUUUAGUGUGUACUGUGUGAAUAUAAUUGUUUGAUCAAACAGAAAUGCAUGCAAAUUUAACAGGAGGUUUAUUAUAAGUUGUACUUAGACGUCACAAAAAACAAAAAAAAGUAGAGUGUAAUUUAGUAUUUUUUUUUUUAAUAUAAAAUUGUCUUAAGAUUGUAAUUUUGAAGAAAAUCGUAAAUAUUACAGCCUUUUUUACUUUUUUAGAGUCUGUUUUCCAGACGACGAAUACACGACUUAUUAUUUUGCGGAAUAUAUUAUAGAAGUAUAUAAACUAUACCGUAUUAUUACAUUUAUUGUUGCAUUCACGCGUACCUCUAUCUCGGCAAAUACUGAUUUCUAAACACGUCACAAUAUACCUAACUUAACUCCAUUUAACUUACCCUGGACGUUUCCGUUGGCGGCGAUUUAGGUACAGGGGUACCUAAACUCCUCAGACCAUUGCCGGAGAUUGUAUUUACAGAUCCCACCUGAGUUGGGCACAAGCGUUAUGUAAAUAUGUGCAACCGGCCGUCGUGCAUUUUCACCGACUAGGGCCUAGGUUUUUGAUUUACACGUAGGAUACUAAAUUUUCUUGGACCAUUAUCAAGUUUGGACUACUAAGGUGAUUAUGUUUGGUGAAACUAAUAAAACUCUUAAACCUACUAUAUUACGUUUAAACUCGGGCCGAACUAGGAUAGGGUCUGUAAAUACGCUGCCGCGACUGGAGCCAUAGACGACCUUGACGUCGGUCGCUCGGAUGAAUAUAUUAUUAGGUAUUAUUAUUUUAUACGGUCCAUUUUGACGGUGUCUGCGUGUGCGUCGCCGCCGCAAUUACCCCUCACUUCGGACGAGCAUAUAAGAGAAGCCCGCGGGUACCGUUCGACGGCGCACAGGAGAAAUAAUAAUAAUUGUAAUAAUAAGUCAAGAAAAAAAAAACUUUUUAUUUUAUACAUAUAAUAUAGAGGGUGAGCCGUGUAAUUUAUAUCGUCAUAUAGAAUAAACCUUAAGAUUGUAGGGGAGUUAUACGUGCGAGUAUAUGGUUCAACGGUGGUGCAAGAGAACGGACGUAGGUAUUACGUAUAAUUAUCGUGAAAUAUGUUUAGCUUGAAGAAUUUUGGUGUGGCUGCAGUGAGUCGGUGAAAAGAAGUGUUGUGUGAUAAAAAGAUGCUGUACAUCAAGGAUAAAAGAGAAAUUUAUUUUUAUAAAACCGUUGUUUUUGUUGGAUUUAUGUAUACUACACAAAAUUUGUUGGAUUUUCUGGUAGUUUUCUCUAGGGGAGAAAGAGAGGGGGGGUACCUAUAGAAUAUUGUGUAUACCAAUUUAGUUUGUAAAUAGAACAUUCGGUAAAAAAUCAUUGCCCAGUAUUUUUAUUUUUUACUUACAGGCAUGUAUCUGAAACCAUGUCUGUUGGGGGAAUCAUUUUUUACGAAUAGUUCAAUAUUUCUCAAUAAUUCACUAUUAUUACUUAUCUUUUUAAAUCGUUUUUUUUUUGUGAAAAAAUCCAGAAAUAUUGUUCCAAUCAUCAACUUAUGGGCGAUUUCUAUUAUCAAAUUUUAUCUAGUUGGUGUGUCGAGGAAGUCAUUGUAUAGAAUUAAUUUUACUUUUUUUUAACAACGGAGAAAACAGAUAUUAAUUAUAGAGAACUGACCAUUUUACCGAAUACCUAAACUGAUAUUAGCAUUUUUUAAGAGGCGAUCAAUUUUUCAAUAUAUUUUGACGUUAUUUAAGUUAUGCAUAGUUAUUUGAAAUCAUUGAGUUUCUUUCUAGUUUAAAUUGUAUAAAAGAUUCAUUAUGUGAAAAAAAAAAAAAAAUGAGCGUACGUGUGUGCCGUGAUUUACACACCACCUGCUGCAGAUUUCCACUGGACUCCGCUCAGAACCGUUUUUCGUUUGCAACGAUAGUUCGAAUCCCGUGAUACGGGCUCUAGAGGGAGACCGUUCGCAUCGGUCCCCCUCCUAAAAUACGUACCUAUUCCUCCUUCUACCUGCAUCUCGGAGUGGAUUGAUCAUGACGAUAAAACCGCAAUAUUUCAACGGUUCCGUUUUCGAAUAUAUGCGUUCUUCCGUCGUAACAUUAUUAGCUUGGGUGGGUGUCACGCGAAACACACCCCCGUAUCUCGCAUGAUGUCUUUUAUGCACGUAUACAAUAAUAUGCGCAUAAACAUACACACGCACGUCACACACAGCAUCAUAUACGCACGCACGAGGUCCGUUCGGGUCGCACAUGGCCUUCUCGGUUUAUUAUUAUUACAUAUUAUAUUUAUUUUUUUUGUUCGCCGCCGCUGUACGUCCAACAAAACAUAUGGUCGCAUGUAAUAAUAUAACGCGCGUAUCGGAGACGUAGGCGCGACGACGACGACGACGACGACGACGACUUCUUCUUCUAUAAUAUACUUCGUCGGUCUACUCCUCCUCUUCCCCCGACCGUGGCGCACAUCUGGUCGACAGGUCGAAAAUCGCCUUUUUCCCUCGCGUAGGAGGAUUACAACGACGCGUGCGUCUGGAGUCGGUCGAAAAACGUUCCCGAUUUAUACCAGUUUUCGCGCCGCCACUGUCCCGAAUCGUUUUUUUUGGCGGCAAUCGUCUAUUAAAGUACGUGGGCCACAAUAGUAAUUAAGGCGAUUGUGGAGGAGAGGUAAUUCUGAAUUGUUUAGUAUCAAAAAUGGAACACAUGUGAAGCUAUCAGAACUACUACUUAGAAUCGAAUGCAAAACUAAAAACAAAUUAUAACUUUUCAAAUCUUCUAAGAUGCAAUCAAAAAUGUUUUGCAAUACCUUCUAUACGUCUAAUGCAGGUGAAGUCUGAGAGUUUGAUUUUUUUAAUUUCCGAUAUUAUUUGAUUUGCAUUGCUAUAAAUUAACACCAAACAGUAAGCGCUGAUAAAACAUUAUUUUAUAUGAUUUCCGUGUCAGUAAAUGGUUUUAUAUAUGCUUACUAAAUAUGUAAAACAUUUCAUAUGAUAUUGUUGUUUUUUUUUUUAUACCGUAUAAAAAAGUUUUCAGGGCCGUUUGUGACCCACAUGCCACAGUAGUUGAGUAUGGUUUAUGUAUAGACAAACAUAUUUUAUAUUUACCCUUCUAUGUAUUAAAUUAGGUUAGGUCGGGUUAGAUUAUCAGGUGAUUCGAAAUGUAAGCUACGGUUAAUAUAAAAAAAAUAUUUUGGAGUUUUUGGAAUCGUUUCGUAUCUAUAUAAUUCAGCAGUUGAAAACGGACAAUUUCAAAGCGCGUGCACCACACGAACAGUUAUAAUAAUUUAGUUAUCAGUGAUUACCUAUUAUUAUUGUAAUCGCUCGUUUCGUUUUCGAUCAGGAAACCAGUGGCGUGGCGGACAGUAGACCGGAUUUUUUAAAACUCUUUUUUUUUUAUUCUAGACACACUCAUGUUCGUAAUAAUAAUUAUAAAGCACGUUUUUUUUUUAUUGGUAUCCUUAUAUAUUUGCGUUCGGUUCCCAAUCAACGCAUCAGACACUUUCUAUCCAUCACAUCAUAUUAAUUAAAUAUUCCGCAGAGUGUAAAACGGUUUAUUCGCGUGUUAAUAUCAAAACUGGGCAAGCUACUCAACAUUUUUAACUUCUAUGAAUGUUCAAUUCGUUUCUUUAAAAUCUAAGAAAAUUAGAGCAGAGGUUGGUCUUUUAAAUUUAUACAAAUAUCUAACUUAAUCAUGUUAGAUGUGAUUUGAUGAAAAUAAUAAGUUGAGUUAGAAAUCAAGUUAGGACUUUUUUUUAAUUUUAAUGUCAUUAACCUAAAAAACAUGUCUAAUAAUUAUUAUUGCAUCAAAUAUUGCAGCAAACGUAAGUAAUACAGAUUUAUUCUGAAAACUUUCUUUGUUUUUAGCAAUAUUAUUUAUUAUAAGUAAAAAUAAAAACUGAAAAAAAAAAUCAACUAUAUAAUUACGUAAUUGUUCUUAUCAACGUCUUAAAUUAUAAUAUUUCAGGUAGGUAAAUAAAAAACGACGCGUCAUGUCAGAAUCUGACUGAGAAAAUGAGAAUUUAAAUUAAUUACUGAUUAAACUGAAAAUUAAUAGGUAACAAAGAAACUUUUCAACUUAAUUCUAACUGUCUAACUCAAUCAGUGUUCAGCUUUGGUUAAUAUUAAUAUACGUGAUAAAGUUUUAAAAUAUCCAAAUAAUAUAAAUUGUUAGCCAUUUAAGUAUACCUAUUAUAUACUGAUAGUGAAUAUUGGGCUCGGUAAUAUUUAGUUUACAAAGUCUACUAAUUAAAAUUCCUCGAUCCAUUAUCUAAGGUUAUAAAACUCUCACUUUAUCAAAAACGCAUAAUAUAUAUGUGUCGUCGUAUAUCUCAUCGUCCACAAUUAUUUAUUGUUGUUAUUAUUUACUCAUAGUGUUGCGGACUUCAUUCGAUUAUUUUAUAUUAUUUCUUAUCAACCGAUACAAAACAAAAUAUAUACGCCUAGUGAAAAUAUUAUACAAAAAAUUGUAUCAGCCUAUUAAUCAUUAACAUAAUGAACGCAAUAUUAUAAAAUAAAAUGAAAAAAAAAAACAAUGGAAAAUUAUUGUACCUACUUCCUAUUCAACAAACUAUAUAGCAGGGUAUACUUUAGUAAAACUAUGAAUCGAAAUCAUUUUUAACAUUAUUAUUAUAAAAAUUAAAAAUUGAACCCGAACAAUACAAUCUAUUGAAAAUGUUAAUUUUAUACGAAUAAUAAUAAUGAUCAAUAAAUAAGCCUUACAAGGCAAAUACAAUGGAAUUUUCGUCAAAAAAAACCUAAACGUGUGAUAAAAAUUGAGGUUCGAUUUGUCCAGAGUAUAAAUAUAGCUACUUUACGUUCAUAAAUAACGUUAAACCGGCGAACCUUUGCCUUAAAAAGGUAUCGGGUUGUAGAUUAGUAUUAAAGUCUUUAUUAUCAUUAAAAUAUGACGGGGGACCGUUCCCUGUCAACCUUAAAUAUAUUAUACUUGUUAUUUUUCUGAACAAAAGUUUUAAAACCAUUUAAUUGAUUUAAUAAUGGAAAGAUAAAAAUACAUCAUAUAGAGGUAGUAAUAAAACGUAAAAUAUAAUUCGGUUUUCAUGACCGAAUUAAAAUCAAUAUUCUAUUUUUCUUUUACGUAUAUUUCAUUUAGAUAUAAUUAAACGAUUAAAAUUAUAGUAAUUUAGUUACAAGUCGAACGUUGUCUGUACGUAAUACUAUUUAAAAUACAUAAUAUUUAUUGAUUAUAAUUAUUAUUAUUGUAUUUAAUUAAAAAAAAAAAAAAAAAUUAAAAAUUAAACCGUUUAAAUUUCACCGCGUUAUCAUCGCUGAAUCGUUUUAACGGACACGUUUGGGAACUAUGUACGUAUGCGUACAUACUUGCACAGAGAAAUUGUAUUCGGUCGUAGAGAAAUAUAAAUAAUUUUACCGGUGACUGGCACUUCAGAAUAGUUUAUACUAUCGAUAGUUUUGACGGACUAUCGAAUGUAGCAUUCGGAUAUUUUUGUCCACGCCCAAACAGUUUCAUUCGGGUAAACUAUUAGAGUCAUUUUUCCCGUAAAAACUGUUCGAAUACGUUUUUAAUGUAUCGAAUAGUUCCGUUGCGCCCAUCACUAAUUUUUAACUAUCAAACUCGCUAAAUGUUUUCAUUAAAAUAUAAUAUACAAUCGUUAUUGUUUGGGGCCUAUACCUUUAAACUCGAGGCCGAUAAUACAUUAUUAUAUUGAGAUGUCGAUACAGGUACUUAUAUUAUAUUUGUUUGGAAUUAGAUAAGGGACCAUCACUGCGCUAUAAUAAUAUACGUGGUGAUAAGUAUCUGUUUUCUUAACAGUCGUGAUGAACCCGAACAAAGAAAUAUAGUUAAACGUGCGAUAAACUGAUUUGGUUCGACGAAUAUUAGUACACGUCAUGUUAUGAUGUAGAGGCGUAAAAAAAAAAAUAAUAAUAAUAAUAAUUCGAAGAAGAAUUUGAUAAUGAAACCAACUGAGAAUAAUAAUUUCAGGAAAGGCGAUAUUUAGUAUAAUGUAUUGUAAUUUUGUAAUAUCGCUCGGCCGUAAUUAUUAUUAGACGAUCUUGGACGGACAGGUCGACGGAGGUAAACCUGUUUCGCUAAUUUGCACGCGAUCGGGUUUUCUUUCCCAAUAUUGUGAUACCGAUAAAUUGGGACAAACUUUUUUUUUUUUUUAAUAUACACACACUCACUUGUAACGAUGACGGUGUACUGCAGCGCUGUGUAAUACAACUUACUGUUCCCCGGUGACUGUAUGUUCGUUUCCAGUAAAAAAAAAGUUAAAUUCGUUAUGUUCAUAUUAUGACAACACCUAUAUUUACUUGUGAUUCUCCAUUCUCGGAAUGUCAUUAAUAUACAUAGACAGCUUCAGACGUAUUCGGUAAAAAAAACGAUCCGUUAUAAUGCUCGUGUGCGCGCUCUGUCGUCUCGGCGCAUCACAAAUCGAGAAUAUAUAAUUUCAAUGUGAGUGGGUGAGAGGGGAAACAUUGAUGAUUAUUUGUAUACACUUAUUUUUUACUCGUUACACUAAUUCCUGACUGUAUAAUACCUGUAACGGCAGCUAAUUUCCAUUAAUUUAUACUGCACGCAUAGGGUACUGUAUAGUUUGCCUAUAGUUAAUGUAUGUAUAUUAAUCACUAUUAGUAUACUAUAAGCGAUUAGGCCAGUCAAUAAAGGUAAUCUCGACUAACAUUUAUUUUUUUUUUUGUGUCUUUAAAGUUCGAAAAAUUAAAUAUUUUUUUGUUAUUUCGGAAAAUAUCAAUGAAAUUCAUAAAAAAAAAAACACCCAAUAAAUUCCUGACUACGCUACGAAUCUAGAAAUAUUUCUUGUACGAUUUUCUUCGAAAAAUUUCACGUACAUUUUUUUGUUUAAAGUAGUAGUUUAAACGUAUAAUCGAUAUUAAAUAUCACGCACGCCUAAGGAAAUGUAACUGUAAAUCAACAAUUCACAUAUUAUUAUACAUAUACGUAUAUACUAUCGUGUUUUAAGUGGUAUAGUACACAUUAUCUACUCCAUAACAUAAAUCAAAAACACACAAGUAAAUUAAUGACCAUAUAAUAUAAUCGUAACUUAAUUCGGUUGUAGGUUAUAACCUUUUCGUUCCAGUUGUAAAAUUAAAUUAUACGUAUAAUCAGUAAGCAUUUUGUAAAGUGGUACUUACCAUUUGUUUUCAUCAUAUUAUUAUUAGGCAGGUACUUACGCAGUUACGUAUAUUUUAUUUGAAUGUCAUGUUAUUAUAAAUUAAUAAUAAUAUUAUCGUUUUUUUUUUUUCUUAAUUAUAUUAUGUUAUCAGAAAAUUGAUUAUAACAUUAAUGUUGCAUCUAAUACCUGCUUAUUACAAUCUCUACACACAUACGAUAUUUAAAACAAAUAUACCUGCCUAUUAGUUAUUCAUUACUAUUCUGAUUAUUGCUCGUCCUAGCGCGUUAUCUAUAUAAUCAAAUUUUAUUUUGCUUACUGCAUUUUCGCACUUUAUAUUUAUUUUUAUGACCAUUAUCGGGCAUAAUAUAUAAGAUGUUUCGUUUAAAAAACAACAAUCAUAUUAUUGCACGCGUUAAAAAUGUUAUCAAACAAUUAAUGUAAGUACGCACCUAUGUUAUUAAGUUACUAGGUACCAGGCACUUGAAUUAUUUUUAAGUGAAAAUUUUACUUACGUGUGAAAUAAUUAACCUUUAGAACACAAUAUAUUUGCAUGUUAAAAAAAUAAGAAGUACAAAAUAAAUAAUUAUAUAACUAUAUAUUUUGUUUUCAUAAAUAUUUUAGUACAUGACAUCAAAUUUUAAUAUGUUGGUAAAUACGCGUAUAACGAGAUCGAAACUAUAAUAGUUUUCUGGUCUAUUAUAAGUACGAAAUCUCACGAAUCAAAACUGUGAUCUGAUAAUAUAAUAAGAUUUAGUUCGCAAGAUAUUGAAAGUACCCACCAUUCACUGAGUUUUAUAUGAUUUCUAAACGAGUUCCCAUGCAGCUCCUAUAGAUUAUUUUUUUUUUCCAUUUAACAAAUUAAACUGUAAAUUAUAAUUAAUUCACGUGUUAAAUUUUAGAAAAGUUUAUUAUUAUUAUUAUCAUUUUUUUUUUUUACAAUUAAACUCUUUUUACACCGUACAGGACAUAUUAGUAUUUAUUAAAAAAGGCUAAUACUCCUGAUGGGUGUGUCAAGUUGAAAGGUUAGGUAGCAUAUAUAUAUAGCGUAUAUAUAUAGAGCACCCAAUUUAAUUUACAUCUAUAAGCAACGAUAAACCAUUGUAAAUGAAAAACGUUUCUGAGCAGAAUACUAGUUAUAUAUAUAUAUAUUCUUGUGGCCAAGGUAACCCAACGACUAUACAAGAAAAACCAAAAAAAUGACUCCUCUUAUAUACUAUUAUAUCGAAAAUGUAACAAGAAGUUCCUAUAAAGGUUUUGAUUGGAUCAAACCUUCUGAUAGAAAAAUAUUUUUACAGACGCAGACACACGUGAAAAAACACAUCAUAUAGUAAAACCAAUACAAUUCCUCGAUUCUUUCGCUUCUUGAAAUUAAAAGUACAUUAGAAACAAAUAUUAUGUACUUUCAUUUUGUUUUUUUACAAGCAGUUUGAUAAUGUUCAUAAGCUUAAAUUAAUAAAAAAAAAAAAAAAAAAAAAAAAAAAAUGAAAAUUUUGUUCUUGUUUUCUAACAACAGGGAAAAACUCUUCUUCGUAUUAUUAUAAUACAAUAUACUUAAUGUCUUCAUACCCAAGUAUUCCGUAUAAUAGCAGCUGUACGUAAAUAUUAUACAAUACAUACUUAGAUAACGAUAAAACGGUCGAAUUCGAAUGCCGAAUCAUUAAUAAGAAUUAUAUUAAUAUAUAAACUUGAAAAGCUGGGUGGUAUUUGUAAUUUGUGGGUGGAAUGUAAUUUAGUCCCUAUAUUUUAUAUAUUAUAUAGGUAGGUAUACCGUAUAAUGUUAUUAAACGCAGUUAUUUAUUAUGAACACCUAGUACCUAUAUUAUAAUCCGUUGAGCGCAUUAUAUUUCAAAAAAUAAAAAAAAAUGAAAUGAUAAUAAUAAUACCUACACGACAUUUCGUUGAGAACAUUAUUUCAAAAAAAAAAAAAAUAUGCGGCGCGUACUCAUAAUAUCCAUAAUAAUAAUGUAUUGUUUCAUUUUCCGUGAAAAUCCACAGACUCGUAAUUAAUCGUUAUUAAUUUUUAUAGUACCGAACGGAAAAUAAUAGGUGUAAUAUUAUUACGAAAACGUUUAUCAUUUUAUGUAUAUCUGCCUCGCAUGACGGGCGUAGGAGUUACUAUGGUUACUAUCGCAUGUUAUGGUCGAUCUGUUAUAAUAUUACAUAUUGUUAAUAAUUAUUGCUGUAACCGUUUUGAUAUAUUAAUAAAAUAUUAUUAGCGUGUUAUUUGGUACAGUAUUCGCACGGAUAAUAUUCGUGUAAAAAAAACCUAUACAUUUUUCCAUCCGUUAUUUCUCAUUUCCCUAAAAUGUGUUGCAUAAUACGUUCUGAAACUCGGUGACGUAUUCGUAAUCUACGUAACCUACCCGCUCCUAUACGAUGUUUGUGAAUUUGUAUGGAUAAAUCAUAGAUAUAAAAAAUAACGGAUAUAGGCUAUAAUAUUAGUUAUCGGACGUUCCUGGAUUGUCUAUCACACUCACCUGCUGUAAAGUUCUCACUAUACACAUGGAAACUAGAAAUAAUUCACGGAAGAAUUCCUCUUCCAUCUAUCUAUAUUGCUAUCUUUCUUCCUUAUUCGGGAACGUUGCUCGCUAUGUAACCGGUAUAAUACACACGGCCUAUCAAUUAUGUAUUAUCUAUGGGAAAAAUAUUUUUUUUUUAUACCUAUCAAGCCUUUUUUUAAGACUCUGCUGUUUUUUACCGGGUAUAAUGUUUUAAUUAUAGGUAUAAUUCCUAUGAAUUCGAUCAUUUUGAAACUUUUAUUUGGUUUUUUUUUUUCGAAAUUUCGUUGAUUUUUUGUAGAUUAUUUUUUUUUUUCUAUCAAAUUGUAAACGGUAUUUUUUUACAUUUGAAAUAUUUCAAAUUACCAAUUUUUUAUGAUAUUUUCAAUAUCAAGUCGCAGAAAAUUGUCUACUAAAUUUCAUUACUUUUUUUUUCUGAGAUUUAACAUGCAUAUUUUAUAAGUGCAUUUUUUGUAAUGUUAAAUACAUUUUGACCGGUGGUUUUUUUGAGGGGACGGUUUAAGUAUUUCGUGAGCAUCAUUUUUAGGGAUUUCAAUCGUUUUCGUUUAGGUUUUUUAGUGCGUUAAAUCCACUGUCAUAUUUACAAGUGUAUGCGUACGUUUUAAAUGGACUGAAGCAUACAAGACGUAUCUUAAUGGUUUCUCGACAAACGACAUUCGAUUGACACUCGACCACCGCAGCCGAUGAAUUUAAAAACUGACUCGAGUGGGUUCCAAACAAAAUCGUGAACCGCAAUAAUAAUAUUAAUUGUAGACAUAUAUACUAAUAUUUUCACCAGAAAAAAAAAUCGUUUUCAAAUCGUGCGUUAGACAAAAAAAUAUAUAUAUAUACAUAUAUAUUUCACGUUUAAUUAGUCUUCCUUUUUGUUUUCGCGCAUAUUUUGUUUCUCUUUAUUACUGUCGAUUAUGCUCGCGGACUGUUGUACGUGUUUACGGACCGGUUGGGUGCUGUACACGCGCGUUUCGAUAAAUUAAAUCACCUUAUCCCCUUAUAUUACUAUUACGAAUGCGUCCAUAUGGUCGUUCGCCAACAUGGAAAAAAAAACACUAACCGAAUAACAAUAAUACUACGAGCGAAGGCUAUGUGUACGCGAGUUAAGAUGCCCAGAGGCAAAAUAACGUUUUGUAUGGAAAAAAAAACCAAAAAGAUAAAACGGAACAGGUUAAUAAAAAAAAAAACCGAAACGAAAUCUGUUAAAAACGUAGGAAAAAAAAUUAUAUACAUAAAUAGAUACUUAUAUUUACAUAUUAUAUAAACAUACUGGCACGUUAACGUUCGAGAAAGAAAGACAGAAAGAGAGAGAGACCUCUAUAACAUCGCGGACGACCCAUUAUUUUGACGUGGGAAUAUUAAUAAAUUUCGAUAUUUUUCGCUUUUUCGCAGAUGUGAUGUCGACGGCCGACGCGUUUUCCGACGACGGAGUGACAUCGUAUUCGCAGCUGUUGUUCGACAUUGCCAGGAAACAAGUGGUAGUCGGAGCAAGGUACGUACUCGAUAUAAUAAUAAUAUUAUAGUAGGUUGUAGGUAUAUCGUAUAGUAUAAUAAUAGCGUAACAUUGACUCCUCGUACAUUAUACGGAUCUCGGAGAAAUAUUGAUCGAAGUCAAAAAAUAAAAUAUACGUUGAUAAGUAAUUUGUAGGUUCGUGAAAUUUAAAUGAAAAAUGUAAACGGACAAUUUUAAAAUUUACUUUUGAAUAAAUGCCAAAGUACAAGUGAUUAUUGUGCAAUAUAAUAACGAUAAUAACGACUUCAUAGUGCUAAAAGAGUAUGAUUUAGCUAAAGGAAUGGUUUUUUUUCCACAAGAAACAACAUGAAUGGUUUUCGUUGUAAUAAUAUAAUAAGUGAUGGCAGUCAAUGUCCACAAUAAAUUGUUACUUCAUUAACUAUUUUAUUUUGUUUUCUUAAUUUUUUUUUUAGGUUUUAUGGUAUGUAUUAUUGUUUGUCUAUUCUAUGGUUUUACUAUGUUUAUUUUUUUUCCGGGUUACCUCCUGAUAUAUUUUGCUCGGACCUUUUAGUAAAAUUCCAUAUUAUACAGAGUGAUUUUCGUAUUACAGACCAACGGUUAUCUAUAGAAAUGUUUAGUAAAUUCGAUUUUGGUUUUUUUCCAGUCAAUAUAUUGAUAUUAAAUCGUUGAAUGAUCUGAACUAUGUCAUAUACAAUAUUAUCAAACAUUUUUCCUUUAUUCCGUAGGUACGUUUCAUGAACCCGCUGUCGUCAUAUUUUCGAGAGAUCCUUUUAUACAGUUAUCUUAUUUUUUUUAAAAUUUUAAAAAAUACUCAUAUUACACAUACACUGUCAUCAAUAACUGGAUAAUAAAAAUUGGAAAUUAUUAUUACAGGGUGGUCAGAUUAUUAAUUACCGAGAAUUAACAUAAUAUCAUAAUUUCACAAAGCUUGUAAAAUAUUUGUUGUUGAAAAUAUGAAAUUUCGCCUCAUGAAAAUUAAAAGUAUAGUAUGACGCAUAACAAAAAAAAAAAACCAAUGCUCAUCAAAACCUAGACCAGGCUAGACCGAACCGCUGAACAUGAAAACAUGACAUGUGUACUGAGAUUAAUCCUUAUAGGGAUGUAAAAGAGUAGUGUGGAGGUUGAACCUCCCCCUAUUAUUUCUCAAUAUUAACACUUUUAACAAUAUUCAUUUUUUUUAAAUUCCUAAUUUAUUUCAAUUACAAAUAGGUAAUUGAUAGUUUGAUGAUGUUUGGAAAUUGAACUUCUAAAGAGCGAUUCACACAUGAAUAAAAUACGAAAAAUUGUAAUUCGUAUUUUGUUUAUUUCUGGUUUAUAUUGGUAACACGAAAACAUGAGCAAAUUUAACUUUAAAAAAUAUUUAGAAAGGCUCGGCAAUAUUUCGCACCAUGGGCAGGUCACUGUUGUAGGUGGAUAGGUCGGAAGGUAAAUAAGAUAAAGGGUAAUUUAGUUAAUAGUGUACCGAAAACAAAACGAAUGACGAUUCCAAAAACCGAAAGUCUUUGAAAAAAGAAAACCUUGUUUAUUAAAAUUAACAGUUAAAUUUUCCGAUAUAACGAUGUGUCACAUAUACCUAUAAUAACGGGGGGAGGGGGGAACCCUAAAUAAAAAGCGUAUUACCACCGCGGUGUACAUCUAAUAAUGUAUUUUUGCUCGAUUGACGUGUGAAUUUGACAGUAUAAUGUAACGUCGUUAUAUCGAAUAACACCACGGCGACGCUGCAGUGUCGUAUAACCGCCGAUCUCAUCAUCUUGUCGUGUGUGUAUAGUAUUAUGUACACUUUUGACAAAUAUAAAAAGAUAAGCGGAAACGAUAUUUUUUUGUUUCUGCCAAUAUCAAUAGUAUUAUAUACACCGGUCGGUAGUGUACCUACAUAUUUUCAAUAUUGUACAAUACAAUCGACGCGUGUUAGCAAUAAUAAAAUAGUAUAACGGUGGCUAUAGUCGUGUACAAAAAUCAACAAAUAGGUUAGCUCUACUGUUCAGGUAGUAGUAUAAUAUUUGUUUUCAUCACUUCGAAAUUAUUACCGACCGUUUUGAAUCCGACGUUCGCCCGCGGUCUCGUCGGACGCGCCGGUCGAAAACGAUUCCAUACAAAUAUUAUUAUUAUUAUAAUAUUAUGUUUGCUAUGCUUUUAAAAUAUUAUUACCCACCUAUGUAAUAUUGUACUUGUACAAACAUCGGGCAUUUAUAAAAAAAAAAAAAAACACUCCCAAAUGUCCGCGUUAAAUAAAUUCAAGUUACACGCUAUAUUCGUAUAUAGAUAUUUAGCUAUAGUAUGCAUUGUAAGUACGUAUACUAUAACACAUAUAGUAAUAGUUUAAGUACAUUUGGUUUUUUUUAUUCUUUCUUUUUAUCGGUAUAUUAUUAAUUUGAAACUAAAACACGUUUUUAUGGAUGUUUCUUUGACGUGGCGGCGGCAGUCGUUCCUAUCGUCGAACAUCUAAAUUCCUAUACAUAGGUACAUAUAUAAUACAACGGUCGUGUAGAAUUGUAUAGGUAUUUCGAUAAUCAUCACUUGUUUUUUCGAACAUAGUGUCAGGAAGGUAUACUUACGAAUUUACCUGCAUUAUAUUGUCCAAUGAGAAUAAUAAUACUGUAUCGCUGGUCACAAACAUUCGAUCGUUUUAUAAUACCUUCCGAAGUUAAACGGAAAGUAGGUAAGUAUUAAGAAUGACGACGAGUGACUACUAUAUUAUUUUAUGUUUAAAACCGACAAAAUGUAUUUUGGGUCCGAAAAUUUAAAACGCAUAUGUUAUGAUUUUUUUGAGUGCCUAUACCUAUACCUAACCUACUUAUACCUGUUAUCCUCUCAAAUAUAUUUUUCAGACAAUGUUUGAAUUUGUUUUUUUUUUUUAAUGCGGGAAUCCUAAUUUUUUAUACGAUGUUAAGCAUUGGUAUUUUACGUUCACCCACUUUUAAAACAUGACAUUUCAAUUCUGAACAAAUCUUCGUGUUGACACUGGACCCUAAUCAUCCGGCGAACGGGCAUACGCGGUGAAUCGUCGAGUUUUUUUUCAUAAACUAUCGUAGGUACUUAUACAUUUAUAAAAUCGAAUGCCUUUGUUUUUCAUGUAUUUACUAUAUAUAAUAUGAUAAUAUUAAAACACAGUCCUUCGGGUAAAAUAAACACGUCUAGUGUGUUCUCGUGUACUCGUGCAUCACUAUAUUAUUACACUCGUCGUGUUCAGUCAGUCGAAAAUCCGAGACGUCGCGCGUCGUCGUAAAUUUAAAUAUAAAUAAAUAUAUAUUCUCUACAUGUUACAUAUAUCUAAUUUUGACUCGCUUCGAUAGAACGAAAUUAUCACGAUUUAUUUUUUAUUGUGUGUAUAAAAGGGCGCACGUCCAUUAAAUAUUCAACACUACAAUGAACGAUUUAUUGUGUCUAAAUAAUGUAAAUAUAAAAAAAAAAUAUACCCGGAAUUGUCGAUUAUGCAUUAAAAAUUGACGAAAUAUGUGCACUUUUAAAAAUAUGAAAAAAAAAAUUUACACUGCUGAUAGGUGUGCAACUGUUUUAGAAUGGAAAUCAAAAUGGAGAAUACUUGUGUUGAGUAAUAUAAUUUAUAUCUAAAUGCAACGAUAAACCAUUGCUAGAGAAAAAACCGAUUUUUAGCAAAAAUGUAUUGUUUGUAUUUUUUCCCGCGUCACCAAGGUAAUUCAGAAAUCAAUACAAAUUGUACGAAAACGUGUAAAAUUACUAAUAAAAUUUAAAAAAUUAUCUUUACAUUGCACCAAUUAGAUAACAAACGCUACGUAAGAAAGUUUCGAUAAAGUUUUUAAUCGGAGCAAGAUUUCUGGUUUCACACACACAAUACGCACACAUACACUCACAUACACAUACACACAUCAUAGUGCCAUCAUACUAUCAUCGUAAAUCCAGUUUAUUCUUCGCUUAAUCAAAACCUAAAACAUUCGAUAGUGUAAAUCUUAAUUUUAAUAUACUAUAAAGUCUAUUUGUUUUAAAUAAUACAAAGGUUUAUACCUAACCUUUAACCUCUAUGACUUUUACUAAUGUUAGUCUCAGCGGUGUUCGUUUUUGAGAUUUUUAACAAGUAUGAGUAAUACUAAAAUAUAUUCAUAAAGAAUAUAUAUUUUAUAGUAUUCCGUCAAAAAAAUGUACAUUCACGAGUAUAGGAGGGUAUCAAUAUUUGGAUAGAAAAUAAAAAAUAAAACUGAUUAAAGUAAAUAUUAUAAAUAUUAUACCUCUAAAAUAUAUUUUAAUAUUAUUAUUCUAAUAUGUUGAUAUAUUUUUGGAAACUUUCACAAUUUUUCGAAGCCCACAUGAAGUGCAUAAUAUUAUAAUAUUAUCAAUAAUAUCAUUCAAAAUAAAUAAUAAGAUACGGAGGUGUGUAUACGCGAAUUUACAUGUCACUUUCGUUUUGAUGUAUAGAAUUUCACGCGUAUAUCUAAUAUAACAAUAAUAAUAUGAUAAUUUUAGUGAUGCUUAUUUUGAUCGGUUUUCACGACGGCUGUUGAACUAUUUGGAAAAUUAACGUUCAGUUACUGUUGUGUAUGUAUUGACGGCAUAUGACAUAUUUAUCUAUACAUAAGUCAGUAGGGACAAAAAAAGUAAGACGGUCGAAUAAUUUAAAUUUUUUAAUAGAAACUAAAGAGUAUAAUACCAUGAGGGAGACCCAGAUAGUGCUGGUUGGACGAAAUUAAAGAAGAGUCACAGAUAAUGGGAAAUUAUGUUUGGAAGGAAGUUAUGUUAACAACUAAAGCUCUAGAAGAGUUGUAAAAUUAGAGAAGAUAAAGAGAGUUGGUACAUUAAAAUAUAUUAUUGUUCCACAAAUGAUAGGUUUACAAUAGAAUGAAAUUCAUAAAACGUUUGAAAAAAUAAAAAAAUUAUCAAAAUUCGAUAUACAAUUUAAUAUGUAAUAAAUAAUAUGAUUACGACAUACAAUUCUUAGACUAAAUAUUUGAAACGGUUUUAUUUUUUGUUAUGUUUUAAAAUGUUUAAUGUUACAUUUUCAAAUUUGAAAUUUAUAAUAUAUUUUUUGUCCCAGGGAGAAGGGAAAAAAGUCAGUUUUUUUUAUAAUUUUGUCUUUUUUUGCUUUACUUUUUGAUGGUCAAAAUGCCAUAACUGUUUAUAUAUUCUAAAACUUGUUUUAUAAUGAAAAUUAAAAUAUCUUAAGUCAUUAAAUCAUUAUAUAAUGGACUUUUUGUUUUGGCAAAAGAGGCAUAAGCCAUUUAGAACGCCUACAUUUAGGGUAGGCCAUUUAGUAAUUUAUGAAUUUGUCACUUUGUCAAAACUGAAUUUGUUGUUUGUAUUGAAAACUUCACAAAAUCUACUUAAGCCCACCCGCCCCUGGACCGAAGAUAUAAUCUCUGAAAAAUCGUUUGCACAAACAGUUGUCAAGUUCAUCUUACACUGUGUAAUAAUGUGUACGUUUCAAUAUAGGUAUUAUCAAAAAAUAUUAUGUAAAUUAAUAUUCACGACGCGUAUCGCACUCGUCGUACUAAUGUGCCGACUAUUAAUAUUCAAUACAUAAUAGUAUAUUAUAUAGCUGGUACCUACAUUGACGAAAUAAUAUUAUUUCGUUUGGUGCGCGUGCAUUAUCUGCUUAACACUCUAUUAAAAAAACGUUCGUCGGGUAUACGCGUUGUCAAUAAUAAUUAUUGUCAUAUUGCACGCACAAUCUAUUCGAUUUUACACGUUUAAUUAUUAUUGUCAAUAUACUCAAUAGUAAUAACUAAACAGUACCUAUAAAAAAAUAAUAAAUAAAAUACCUAUUACGCGCGCUGCGAACGAUCGCGAUUACGUAAAGCCUUUUGAAUAUUGUUAUUCGGAUAGACGCGCUGGCACUGCGAUGCAAACGAUAACCUUAUUACUCGUAAUAUUACUUAUUAUAUGUGUAUUAUGUAUUAUUCUAUUUGUCCGACAAUAUUAACCAUAACGUGUAUAACCAAUAUUAUUUGAUAACGACUGAUUCCAAGUACCUAGUCUAAAAUAAUCAUUACUCCCAUCCUUUUUUUUUUUUUAGCCGGUUUACGAGAACUCAAAUAAUAAUUCAUACCGUAUAUAUUAUACUUGUAUUACAGUGGGAGAGCAUAACAUUUUUAUUUUUCUAUGACGUGCACUUUUUUUGUAGAAUUUUCCCCGAGAUUAUUUUACUGUAUUGUAUAUAUCAUUUUCCCGAUACUUUUAGACAUUUAUAGCAGCGGUUCCAUUUCAACUAAACGAACUUCAUACUCGGGAAUCAAAAUCAUGGAUCGAAUUUCAAUAUGAAUUUAACAGUGCGUUUGUUUAGAUUUGUACACCCCUACAGACCUACAGAAGUAAACUAUAGGAAUCAAAUUUUGUAUAUGCAUGUUUUUUUUUUUUUUUGGGGGGGGGGGUUCGACUUUUAACUGUCAUCCCUGUCAUUUUCAUGUUCAAAUUUUAUCUUUCUUUUUGGAAGCAGUAUAAUAAUUAUACUACAAUUAUUGAAGUAUAACAUAGUGUUGUAUUCUAUUAUUUUAGUAGUCAAUUAUUAAUUAUUUUUCAAAGUCCUAAAGUACAAAUAAAAUUCGAUUCUAGUGACGGAGCUCUGUUGCUCACAAAUAGUUUUAUUUAUUAUUAUUUUGUUCCUACAAAAGUUUUCCACCAGGAAUUUUACCCCGAUUUUUGUAAAGUGUAGCAAGUUUUCGGAAAGCAAAUUUUAUUUAAUUGGUGCGUCUACUUGAUGAGGUCAUUUUUUUUUCUAACGGGUUUCUCAAUAGUUUAGAAAAACUGGGAAAAAAUUUAGGAAAAAUAGGUAGGUAAGUCAACGGUUUAAUAAUUUUUGAUUUUGUUUUUUUAAUUCGAAUUUGGUUUAAAAUAGUCGUAGAGAUUGUAUUUAUGAAUAUAUUCAUAGAAUACUUAUAUUAAUCUUACAUAAACGUGGUUAGAUUUUUGAAACAUUCUGGCGAUUUGUUGAGAUUUGUAUAGAUAUUUGCUAAAAAAUGUGCAAAAAUGUAAAACAUUUUAGCGUCCGUUAUAAAGUAGUUUUUUUUUAUAGGUAUUUGAAGUUCAAAUUGUGACAAAAAUCGAAAAAUACAUUUUUUCAUAGGUCUCCCUGACCGCAUUGUAAUUAUUAUCUUAUUAUUCCAAAUAAUACUUAUAUUGUAUAUAUAUAAAAAAAUAUCGGUGUAAUAGUAAAAACAAUUCAAAUAAAUGGCUGUUCCGAUUGACCUACAAUAUUAUUAAUUUAAACGUCCGUGCAGUAUACUAUAAAGAUAAGAAUAACCGUUUCUCCGCAGCCGGUAUCAUAAAAAAAAAUCACACAUAACGCAAAAAGUUUUUUUUAUACUCUAUGAUCCAAGGUAGGUGAGUAGAUAAGUAAUAAGUAUUAGGUAUAAGUGUUUGAUGCCAAUCAGAUUUAUAUUACUUAAAGAACAUUUUUAUUUGAAAAAAAAUUACAUAUCUACCUACAUACCUAUAUAUAACACUAUAUAUUAUAAUAUUAUACCAUUUAGUCACUUCAAAAUUUAUUUCCAUAUUAUUUUAUUAGCCAUAUAAAAUCUUAAAAAAAAAUUAAAUAGUAAAUCCGUUUCUAACAUUGCGGGCACUUGGUCUCUUCGAUCAUUUCAGCACAGCUGGUAAGUACCUAUAGGUACUUAUACGUACGUGUUUGAUCAUCAUGUUAGAUUUUUAUGCUCAAAUUCGUAACCGUAUUGAACCGUUUGUUUAUCACUUUUUUUUUUAAACACGUUCGACACGUCCGUUGAUUCGGGCAUAUCUUAAAAAUAUGAUAAAAUACUUAAAAUUAUGGCGCGUUACUUCAUAAUUCAAAACUCCGAAUUUGAAUAUCUUUACCGAGAAUGGUUGUUAGUAACAGGACCCUACUGUUUCGAUUCGAAUAAUUUGAAUAAUGGGCAACAUGACAAAAUUGCGUUAUUUGAAAUGUAAAUUGUGGCGUUUGGGUUGGAAACUGCGUUUAAAUAAUAUUUUCGGAGAAAACGGGAGAUCAUUUUCGAGAUUUUUCAUAGCUAUGCGUGCAGCCCUCGAAAAUAUUCCCCUCUUGAAAUUGUGUUACGCAUGUUUAAAAUUAUCAUUUAUGUGAAUUAAUGUGUAUUAAUGGCGUGUACUUGAUGCCUAGUUAUGUAUAAUUGUUUUUAGUUUAAAAAAAUCGAAAUAGAAAUCGAUUCCGAUUCAAGAAGGUCACUAUAUAAAAUAGGGGGUGAGUAAAUGAUAAUUUUUGAAACUUUUGAAUUUGAAAAUGCAAAAUAAUUUUGGAAAUUCGAGUAACCUUUUUCAAUAAACAUUCACGGGAGGCAAUUUGAGGGUCACACAAUUCGUGAGCAUCCGUAAGAACUGCCAAGAUUUCAUCAAUCCGGAUGUGUCCCGUGGUUUUUUAGACCAAACUAAUAUCUCAAGAGGAUUUUAAGCAGUUCUGUUAAUGAACUUAGGCGUGUUAAUAUUAACAAUUUUGGAAUGAAUGUUAAUAGACGAGUUCAUGACGGAUUUUUGUACGGUUUUAAUACCACGCAGCGGAGUUUUUAAAUGUAUCCAUUAACUAUCGUAACUAAAGUGACAGUUCUGGAAUACGAAAUGCCAAAACUGUUGAAAAAACCGCUUGUGUAUCGCCAUCUAAUAUUAUUUUUAAUCUGAAAAUUAGUUUCACUGCGUUAAUUUGUUGUCCAGGUACAUAUAUUGUAUUUGUUGAUGGGUUUGUUUCGUGUUCAUUAUUAUAAUAAUAAUAAUUGAUAUUCAACAGGACAAAAUAAUAUAUAUUCACUUACACAUUUAUACCUAUAACGCGAUAUUUAAUUAUCUAUUAUUAUGUGAUGCCCUUCUACGCAGGUAUAUUGUUAUUAUAUUAUUGUUUAUUAUAGCCAUGCGUUUUUAGAACGCUGUUUCUCGACUCGUGCAACAGUUUCCGGUUUCCCGUUUCGGACAAUUUUCGGUUUCCGCGUGGACGCGCUCAGAAGCAAUAUCCUGUCAUCACAGGAACGACAUUAAUUUUUAUACUUUUUAAACGCGCGUUCGGAUAUUUUUGGAUAUUCUUGUGCAUUAAUAUGCUUGUCAACACCGCUGCAGCGGCGGUGUCCCUUGUUGUAUACACGGUGUCACCGUCGGGGAUUUUUAAUUAACCGCGAGGUAUAUAUGCGUGACGUUAAGAGUGCCGUAUAAUAAUAAUAUACAUAUAGUGAUAAUUCAUAAGAUGCAGGUUGAUCGUUAAUAUAGCUGAAAAUAAUUUUACGAGAGAUAUUAUUUUAUGUGUCUGUUUGAAAAGUCACCGUACCGUGACAUUAUACGACUUAACAUAAUAAACGUCAACACUUAAUUGAAAAAUAGAUAGGAUAUAGGAUAUUUGAUACUCGGCCGUAUUUCAUUUCGUAAUAAAAAAAUAAAAAAUAAAUCCCGUAACCUGUAUUUUAAAUUCUGUAUUAGAAAUGUAUUUUGGUUUUCCUAUGUAGAACGAUGUGUUUAUUUCUUCCACUCCCUCCCCCAGAAACAACUUGUGAGGUUUCUGGUGGUGAUAGCUUCUAGCUGAUGCGUUCGGGAAGUAUUUUGUGAAAAAUCGUGAGCAAAUAUUUUGUUCGUUUAUGAUAGGGAUGACAAAUGAUGAUACUGAUGAUGGUCCAGGACCUUACAGUAUUCCGAAACCGAAUUUUCAAAUUUCCAUUUUAACACGAACAUUUUUGAAUUUUAAACUUUUUUUUGUUGGAUUUCUUCGAUUAGUAACCAACUUACAAACUUUCCAUCUACAAUAGUUAUAGAUAUGGUAUGAAGUAGUGUCUUACACAGGAGGGUAGGGGGAUAAACUAAAACAAAUGUAAUAAGUUUUUAAUGCUGAAUAGUUUUAUUUUUAUUGUAUUUGACGCGGCCAAUGAGAGGGGAGCACAUGAGUUGCGUCCCGUAAAAGAGGUAUACACGAAUUACGUCACAAAAAAUCCUGGACGCAAUUCGUGUAGUUUAAUCAGGGGUUCUUAAACUAAAAUAAAUAAAUAUAAUUAUGAGUCAAUCAAAAAUUGGUCUAUCAAAUGUAAUAUAAAAAUAAAUAUAUGUUAAAUCACUUAAAUCUAAUCAAAAUCAAUAUAGUCCGUAAUAUUACAAAAUAAAUAAACAAUAAUAAUAAUUAUGAUAUCAAACAAAAUGCCAGUAAUAAUAAUAAUAGUAAUAAUAAUGAUACAAACUUGCUUAUUGUUGCUUAUCAACCAGGCAUCAGUAACAAAAUCCAUCCAUUAUCGUAAUUUAUAAUAUUAGGCAUGUAAUAGUAUAUAAUAUAUUGAAACAUAAUAUCAGUAUCGCUUAUAAUUAAUGCAUCAUGGAGAACCCCUGAAAAAGAAAUAAAAAUCUACUACCUAACCAAUAUAAUGGGAUGCAAUUCGUGUAUACUAUUUUUACGGACGCAACUAAGGUAUACCGUCUCGUGCAGCAGUUUCGUAAUAAUAAUAAUUUGUUUUUUAUUUCGAUAGUAAAAAUUCCUGUAGAUUAGAUACAAUACAAGACGAAUCGUGUGGUUUAUAAUUACAGUUAUAUUUUCAAUACCGUCAAUAACAAUAUACUGUGAUGCUGGUGUCUUUCAUAUUUUUUUUCCAUUCUAUAACGUCCGAUUUCUCCGUAUUAUGCAUUAAAUUUCGUGUCGUGGUUCUCGGCCAAAGGUAUCUGAUCCAUAAUGGAUCGACAGCCGAGUUAAACCCGAUUUCUCUGACGGUCAUUCCGUCGUUAUUUUUGUCCCGACGAAGAAAAACAAUUGUCAAAAACGCUGUUGUACCGACGGAGGAAAACUAUGACGGCUGAAAUCGCUUCGUUAAAUUUAUCCGAGUCGGCCGAAUGGACUACGUUGUUUUCAAAAUAAUAUUGAUAUUAUUGUUAUACUGUACAUAGCGGUCGGCCUAACCGACAAUUUAAUGAGUUAAAAAAAAAAAACCGAAAGUCAUCUCGAAUUGUUGGUUUAUCGAAAUAAUAAUAACAAUAAUAGGAAAAUCACAAUUUUUUUUCUUCACAAAGUCGGUUGGGAGUUGUACAAACCCUCUAUAGAAAAAAAAAAAAAAUCUAAACCGACUUCGAUACACGUCCCUGAAUCGAUAUUACUCGAACCGUUAAAGUGUGAAAAUCACGUGUUUAUCGAACGUAUAAUAAUACGUACCUGUCGUGCCCAUACGUAUUAUACUUAUAUACUAGAUUAUUAUGUAUAUAUAUGUAUUUUUUUUUUUAACGCGUCGAGAUUCGAAUAUUCUUACCGUAGACCGACGACGACAGCCCACCUGACCGUGACGGCCGAGGCACGCGGUCAAAUGCGGAACGAGAGCUGAUAAUCAUCACCGUGUUGUUGUUGUUGUCAUAUACCUAUAUUACACUUGGGCUUGCGCAUGCGUGCGUGUGCCACUAUGCGGUACCUACACAUAAUAAUAUAAUGGCGAGGUGUUGACACGAACCGUACACAACACAACAGUGUCGUCGUCGUGUGCCCGAGGCUAAUUAUAAGAAAGAAAAAAAAAAUAAGCCGAGAAUGCAUAGAAUACGCGGAGUUAUUUAACUUAUAUCUGUACGCGGCGACGUUAAAUUAUCAUCAACGAAAUACGAUUCUGAACGAAGUUCGGUUACACAAUGUCGGGUCAAAAUUUGAACUUAAAGCGCUUCUUCGAGAAAAAUACUAAUAUUCAUGUAUUACUAAUGUAUUAGUAUUUCACGUUCAAUUUUUUCUUUGUAUUUAUACCACUUAACACAACUUGUAACGAACCUAGUUCGGCCAAACAAUUCGAUAUCCACAUAAACCGAGAUAAAAACUACCCGAAAACCGCGGAAAUGUUAAAUGCCUACAAAUAACUAAAAAAUUUCUAGAACUUUUUGAAAUUGUCCCGCGCAAAUUUUCCCAUAAAUGUGUGGGGGAAACAAUUUUUGGAAGUAUCGAGUCAGUGAUGGAUUUCCUGGAAGUUUAGUCGGAUUUAGUGAACGCUUCAGCUCUAUGAAACGCUCCUUUAUUUCUGGUAAAUAUGUCCCUCUUCAAUGUUAAUUUCUAUUGCUACCACUGAUUUUAACCGUAUCGUAAUCGGUUUUUGGGAAUUGCCGACGCGGAGGUUCUCUGCAUACAAAACUCUCAUGGCAAAGGCGAUACUGUUUUCUUCUUUUUAUUGCCGGAUUAUUUAAAAAUUCGACGGUUAGCCUGGUACCUGAUACCUGCCCCCAAUAGCACAUAAACUCAAUCACGGGCGACGACAACGGCGAUAAAAAUUCAUUGAAUGUAUCUGACAAUAACGGCGCUGCGGUGGCGGUAAAAAAAAUCGUUUCAAGGUUUCUACGUCGUUGUUGUCGGCGAAUCUUUAUUGUCUUUGCGUAUACGGGGAUUUUAUUAUACAGCAUGAUUCUUUUUUCGAUCACGAACCUAGCGUAAAACAAACGAUAACUGUACUCACCAUCCAUUAUAUCUAUACGUUUUAAAUGUGCCUUUAUCUAACGCAAUGAUACCACAUUAUCAAUUUAGCCUCAACUUAUUGAAAAUUACAGGGCGUCUACCUCCACAUAUUAGUUAAUAAUUAAAUAAAAAAUAGUUAUUGAGUAAAUUGUAACUACAUGUAAUUUUUAACUUUUGCCCAAAAGGGCUCUGGUUUUGGGCCUUUUAAACUAAAAUUCGCGAUAGGCCUCUUUGAGACAGUAUAACACUGUAUGAGUAUAGGCACUUAUUUUCUUUUUUGAGUUUAAAGCCGUGUAUUAGUGUUACCGAUUUAUCGAAAGUCAAAUUUCGAAAAUGAAGUAUAAAAUCGGUGGUUUUUUGAUAACACAAGCACCCUGUAUAAAAUUAAUAAUAGUAAUAUAUUAUAAUAGACACGCGCGGUUGUGCGCAUGCGGCUUAUCGUGAUUGAUGGCAGUUUUUGUUUUUGUUUCUUCCCCCGACCGUAUAUUAGUGAGUUAUUUAGUGUUAUUGGUUUCGGGCGUCGGACGAUUUUCGAAAUUACCCGUAGGUAUUAUUUUUUCGUCUGACCCAUCAAUAAUGUACCCAUACGUACAUAAUAUUAUAAAAAGUAACUGCAGUUCACGCAUAUACCGAUUAUAAUAAUGUUUGUACCGUGGAUAAUCCGCCGCAGUGAAGCAAAUUGUUCAAAGCGUUUCGGAUACGUGACCGCAAGAUAUCGGUUUUAUUCCGCGUCUUUCGCACUCAUUUGUGGAAUUUUAAUUUUUUUUUUCGACCAAAACUUUUAGUAUAAUAAUUGUAUAAGAAAACCACACAGGGGCGGCUGCGGAUAAAUCGUUCUUAUAUCUUUAUUCGUCGUUAUCGGUUCCAUAUAUCAUACAAUUUAAAAACGUAUAGUUAGAUUUACGGACCGCUUUUACCGUGUGACGAGAAUUAAUAAUAUUAUCGCAUGACAUUUUGUGAAAACAAUAAACAAUUGAUAAGAUAAUGCUAUCUCGUAUACGAUACUCGCGGCGUCAUAAUUCAUUAUACAUCUUUAUUUACACCCGAACAAUAAUUAAUUAAGAUUUGUAAUCUCUUUCUCUCUCUCUUCUAAUGGCAUAGUUACACUCUAAGAGUUUUUGCCAUCAUUACUACACUUCGCCAUCUGUCUCCAUCUUGAUCUGGCUCUCCAGUUUUUAGCACUCAGUCUUUCCAAAUUCUCAUCUAACACGCCAAUCCAUCUUCGCCUAAGUCUUCCUCCAGAUCUUUUCCCUUAAAUUUCCACUCCAUGGCUACCCUAUAACUGUCUCGUCUUCGCCUGAUCUCAGUAUGUGGCCUAACCAUUAAAUUUUUAGGCCCUUAACAUAGCUUGUUAUCGGUGUUAAAUCCGUCGUAUAAAACUUGUAUGGUUUUUUUUUCUGAAGACGUGAGACGAGAAGACAAAUUAAGAGAGGACGAGUAAUAACGGUUGAAAUAUCGAAGAGGAAUCUGAUAAUCGUAACACGUAUAUUAUAUUGCCCGUAUUUGGAGUGGAUUGGAAAUGUGUAUUAUUAUUAUUACUACAUGAUGAUGUUUUUAUAGUGUAUUGCCAGACGAGUAGAUGAUUUUUUUGACGGUUUAUUUUCUGACCGGUUUGAUCGCGAAGGGCAUCACUAUGAUAGGCUUCUAUUUUUUUUUCUUUUAUAUACUCGAUCACACCGGACAACCCUUAUUAUAUUCGUACGGUUUCUUACAUUCAUACAAGUAUUUUUAAAUUAUCGCGAUCUAUUGCAAACUCGUGUUUCGCUUAAAAAGUAAAAUAACGAAAAAACCAACGUACAAAUACAGACAAUGUUCUUAAGUUUGAUUAUAUAGGUCACCGUCACUUCACUCUAAUAUUAAAACUAACAGACCGAAAUUGGUCGUGCUGAACGUAAAUUUGCUACAGCCAGGGACAACAAAUUCAUAAUAUUGUGUAACGUCCUGCAGUCUCUUAAAGAACGCACUUUUCGGUUAUCUCUCAAAAAAGACACAGUACGCGCGCGUACUACGUCAUGACGUAUAGCGUAAGUGCAGUGCAAUUCGCAUUACGUGAAAUAAUUAUAAGGUAUUGUGACGUGUUUUAUUAAUUCGACAUAAUAUUAUAUUAUAUUAUCCGCAACGAUCCGUAAAAAUAAAAUCGCCCCUAAUGAAUAUUUAUUAAUAUUAAUUGCGCGUAUAAUUAUCGUGUGUUUAUAUUAUAAUAUAAGUAGGACCCAUAUUAUGUAUUGAAAUUUGGUUACGCAAAGCGACGAGUGCGUUCAAAUAAUAUGGUACCUGAAGAAAUAUUCUUUUCAAAUCGUUUUGCGUAAACGUACAAAACUCGCACCAUAUACUAAAGAAAAAAAAAAUCAUAAAAAUGUCACCGCUCAAUGAAUUCGUUUCGUAUAUUAUUACGUCGGUAUUAAUUUUUUUUUUAUAAUAUAUUUUACGGUAAAAAAAUAAUAUUCUCCAGUUCACGGCCCACUCGAACAGCACGCGCGUUAUAUAUAUAUAUGUAUAUACAUAACCUAUAGUAUAAUAUUAUAUAUACCUACACACCUACCCAUAAAAAUAUUGUACAUUAUUUAUAACAUCUAGACCGGGUGUUUUUUUUUCGCCUUAUCGAUGUAUAGGUACGAACAGUUUUAUGAAGUUUAUUAUUUAUUUUUUUCUUCAAAAGUUAUACAACGCUAAACGCGCACCGCACACGGUAAUCACGCGGUGGCGCGCCCGCAGUUCUUUUUUUUUUUACUGUGCUGCGGCGGCUUAGCGCUGCAGUUCCGCUGCUCUUAGAGAAAAAAAAAAAUAAAUACAUUUCAAUCAUAUUGUUAUUAUUAUUACGUGCGCGUAUGCGACUACCCAUAGAAGUCGUAAGCACGACGAGAUCAGCGGGUUUUCUAGUGUGUGUGUGGUUAUUAUAAUAAUAUUAUCAUUAUUAUUAUUAUUCGCAUAUAGAGCCGUUAGAAAAACGUGAUCGAGUCCCGAUGGAAACGGCGUUUGGACCGAGCGAGGACGCGAAACAGAAUAAUAUUAUAAUAUAAUUAUUAUAUAGGCAAAAGUUCUCCUGAAAAAAAAAAAAAAAUUAAAAAAAAACCGCUCGUAAAUUGGUUUAGUAGUUUUUGAGAUCACCCCGGACAUCAAAAUGGCACUUCGUUUUAUGAUGUAUGUAAAGAUUAUGCAAAUAAAUAUAGAUUAAUAAAUACCAUAUAAUAUAUAUAUGUAUAUAAAAAACAAACGGACAUACUUCGCACGAUGGGUGAGCCACUGUUGUAAAUGAUAAGUAUUGGGAAUGUAUAGGGGAAAUUCAAUGUUUAAUAUAUAUGAGUAUACGCUGCAAUAUUGCAACGAUUAACCGUUGCUAAAGAAAAACGAUUCUGAGCGGUGUUUGGUUACACAUUUUGUUUUGAAAAACCGCAAUGUUGACGAUUUAAAUUUAAUUAACACAUUUCGUAAUUUUUCCUUUUUUUCCCAUUUAUUAUGAAAACUCCUGGAAAAAUCAAAAAAUGACCUCCCAAAAGUACCACCCCACUAAAAUUGCUUUCCAAAAAAAUAAAAAUACAAUAUUAGUUUAAGGUAUAGUAUUAUAGUAGCUCAUAUUAUUUGGAUUUUUUGUACGUGCAAUGUGCAUAUAUUGUUUUGGCCUGCAUACUGUAUGCAGGUGUGGUUCGUUUUUUGUAUCGGUCUUAUAUAGGAAAAUCGAUACGACUGUUAUGACGGGCUUCAUAUGACAAAACUCCCUUCAUCAUAUAUAGGUAUAAAUACGUAUAGCUACACCGGGUCCCGCUGCUAAAACCACAAGAUUCGGGUUUUUUCGCAACAUCAAUCGCCGCUCCGCCGUCUAAUACGAGUGUGAAAAAAUUUCACGCAUAUUACCUAUAUUAUAUAUUAUAUGAUUUUUACGGGCUUCCGACCCGUGUAAUACUAUAUGUAAUCCAAAAUUAGUUUAUGCACAGUUUUUAUGUUAUAUUAAUACGCAGACGAGUUGUUUAUUGAGAAAAAAAAAAAGUGGCGUUAUUUCUCGCGUUUAUGAUCGCAUCACGACGGUAAGGCGGACGGUACACGUAGAUAAUAUCUUUAUAAUGGUAAGUAAAAUACCUGCCUACCUACCUACUAUUAGUUACCCGCGUGUAAUAUAUGUAUCAAAUUGUUAAUUUCCACGCUAAAUUUUUUUUUCCCUUGCCGCGGGUGUACACUUAGGUAUAGGUACAUAUUUUAUUCUUAUAAAACGUCGAAUAGUUACGCGAUCCGAAGACGACCGCGACGACGACGUCCACGUUGUCGAGCUGCUGCGCGAGCCCCGAGGGAAGUUCGUGCAGUCGUCUAUAGAGGCCUGCGCCGCACGAACAACAACCGGACAAGGUCGUGUGUAGGUCGACCGCAAUCAAGUGGAGGGGAGGGGAUGUCGGCACCGGCGAUAACCGAUUCCCAUCAUUAUAUGGGAUUUAAUAAAGGCUGAUACUACUGAUGGGCGUGCCACUGUUUUACGAUGAGGGAAGUUGGAAAGCAGGAUAUUGUAUAGAGUAAUUUUUAUCCGUAUAUUGGUGGCAGAUUUCCGAUAAAAAAAAAUUGUUUACAGACGCAAAAAGAAAACGCGCAUCACAAUAAAACUGCAUAGAAUAAAAACUAUGGCUUCGCUCGGAAUCGAAAAACCGACGACCGUUUCUGUACACACGAGCGUAAUGCCUAACUUUACACAUGAAAAUCGCGCGGAUGAUUUCCGAUUUCCUCGCGGUUGACCGCACGAUAAAAACGCGUCGGUUUAUAAUAUAGAGUAGGACGCCUUUUUUUCUUCUUUUUUUUUUUUUUCCGGUACCAGUUAUGAGUUUUUUCGGCGGCGGUGGGCGGACGCAGCCGCUGCAACUUACACACAGGUAGGCAAUGCGACUCUCACACACAAUACACAUGCAUCGCGGCCUCCUCUCUCGCGAAACGAGAAAAUAAUAAUAACCUCUUUCGUCGUUUAUUCGACGAUAGUUUCGUAUAUAUAUAUGUGUGUAUAUUUUUAUUAUUAUAUUGUACUUAUACGCGUGUACCGGUUUGGUGCAGUAUAACCCGGCGCUGUGCGUACGCCGGCGUGUUGCCCUGCACAUAUAUGGCCAAUGCCUUUUACGGGGGUCGUCGCCGCCGCCGCCGCCGCGAGCCGGUCACCGUCGCCGCAGCGGCGCAAAAACGGCCGUCGCCGUACCCCCGCGCUCGUUCGUUCGCCGCGACGACGACCUCCUUUCCAAACGACGAAGCCGUCAAUCCCGCGCACGUACCUACGGGCGUGUAUGUACGCGACAGAAGAAGUCUUGUGCGCUUUUCGAUCCGUCCGGACGGCGCGUCGCAAAUGGACACGCGCGCACGAAAUACGACGACGGCGGCGGCGGCCGCCGAGAAGAAAAACAAAAACCGCCACUUUGUACGUAUUAUACGCGCGCCGCCGUGUGGCGUAUCCGGUGUGCGGCCUGACGGCGGAUUCCGCGAGGUCGUUGUGGCUGCCCGCGCGCCGUAGCGUUUCUCGGAAGCGAAAACAUUACCCGAUACAUAUUAUUCCGCAGUCGGCACCGUAUGCGCGGUUAUCAUUAAUGUACAGUAUGUCUGCAUGUGCAUAUUUAUUGUUACGCAUAGGAUACGCACACGCCGUUGCACUGUUGGACCGAGGAAAGGAUUAUUAUUGUGACGGCGAUACUGCUGCUGCAGCGUCCGUAUCCGAGAGCAUAUAACCUAACGCAUUUAAUAUACGUUAUUAUUGCGCGCAGUGACGGUGCAGCUAGUACGGUCCGUUUAAAAUGUAUUAUACGGUUCUGCGGAACGGCGGAUUUCGCGUAGUUUUCAGAAGACAACACUUGAAACGCCCGCAGGUGUGAUUGAAAGCAGUUCUCAAAGAACGUUCGUAUUACGAUGAUAAGAACACUUUUUUUUUUUUUUUGUUUUUGCCGAAGUCGUUAAAUUGGUUGAAAGCGAAAUAUUAUUUUUGACCGCCGUCCUCCGAUAAUGUUUGUCCGACAUUUGUGUUCGACAUUGUGGUAUUUCUCUCAGAAAUGAAAAGCGAAAAUAAUAAAAAUAAAAAAAAAAAAGAAAAGAUAAUGGUGACGGGUGCAGCCACUGGUGUAGGUGGGAAGUUGGGAAGGCAGGAUACAGACGGGAAUUUAAUUUAUAUCCGUGAACAACGAUAAACCAACGCUUACGAAAAAAACGAUUCUGAGCGGAGUUCAGUUGAUAGUGAUGCUUUCUCAACAAUAUACAUACCAUAUUAUAGUAAAAUAAUUAAAUAGAUUCUAUAUAUUUUCUUUAAUAAUAUUUGUUUAAUGUUGUAUUGAUUUUCUCAGUUUUCAUACGUUUUUCCCGGUUUUCCCAUGUUUUAUUUCGGUUCUACACAUUUGCUGGGAAAACUCAUGAGAAAAUCGAAAAAUUACCUCCAUAAAAUACCUCCCCAUACCGAUUUUCUUUCAAAAAAGAUGCUACACUUAGAAAUCCGAGUAAGUCUUCUCUUGUAGAAAAAUUGUUGACAGAUAAAAAAAAAAAAAAAACAAAAAUCUUUGUAAAACCAUAAGUUUCUUCGCUCCACUCAGAAUCUAAAAUACUUGACUUUUUUUUUUUUGUUUCAAUGUCGUAUAUCCUAUAAUGUUUGUGUGCAGGUAUAUGUAUAUUGUUAUAAACUACAACGACAGCUUAGAUAUCGACAAUUUGCGUUUCUAAUAUUUAUAUAUGAAUGCGUGUUUGAGUCUGAAUUCUGGUCGUGAUAUUAUGACGAGGGGAGGAGUAGAGGUACACGUAUACGCUACUCUGUCGACGUCGUGCCGUUAUUGUUGAUUCUGUUGACGACAUAAAAAAAAAAUAAAAAAAACCAGUGAAAAUUUCGUAAACUCGAAAUCGCCGCAAUAAACCUAUAAUGUAUCGGACGUAUAUUAUUAUAUUAUUGUAAAUAAUAUUGCGGUGUUUGCAAUGCAGUAGUUCGAUAUUAUUAUACAUGCGCUUUGCAGCGGCGGCGGCGAGGACGUCGAUCGGCUGUCACGAUUCGUCUCGGUCACGUUGUUUAUUCACAAUAUUAUUUCAUACAAGUCCGACAAUCGGUUGUUGUAGUUACGCUUUUAGCCUUGUCGUCGUCCGCGAUGUUUGUACAAGAACCCCUCUUAGUCCCAUAUACGGCACGGUCAAAAAUGCAUUUUGGCCGCGUACGAAAUUUAGAGAAAAAAGAAACCCGCACACAAUAUUUACUAAAAUAUCGAACACAAUGCCGCAAACACCCGGGCCAGAAGGGGAUGCACGAUCGGAUGAUGGAUGCAAGUCGUUAUUUAUUUAAUCCACAGACAUUUUACUCGGAGAAGCUAUUACCAUAACGAUUUGGAUGUUGCAUGCAUAUGCCUCGAGAAGAAAAUUAAAAUCGUAUAAAUACAGGUUUUUCGCCCGCAUGAGAGUCUCUCGAAAUCUCGGGUUUUUUCUUAGAUUGAAAACACGGACAGGAAAAUAAUUAAAAAAGCACACAUCAUAGCCGCUGUUUUAUUUAUUUUUUCUAUGAGAAAUAUUGUUCGGAUUUUCAAGCGUGUUGGCUUUUUUUUUUAAAAAAACAAACUAUAUUUAGUCGGUGCUUUCGGCAUUUAGAAGGUUUUAUAUUUUUUUAAGUUUUUUGUCACCCGUCACCGCAGUGGUGUAUAGGCCCGCCAGGACGCCGGGAUUUAAAAGACAAAGGUUGAGUGAUAAUAAUUUCUCCCGGGCGCCGGCCUUAAUCAGCCGACCUUGCCAAUAAUCAGUCGCAGCACAUCGGUCCUUUUUGGUUUUUCUACUGAUUCAAACGGAGCAAAAAAAAAAAUAAAAAUAAAAACCGUUUUUCGCGAUUCAAUACGAUUUCCGGGAAACCGGUAACCGCCGACGCGCGGAUCGGGGCCGGUAUUGAAUUUCAGUAGGUAGCCGAGUAUUAAUAUAUUAUCAAUGUUACUACGCCGGCUAUUUUAUAUACUCUAUCGUGUUAUUUAUCUGCCCGUUUUCGAAAAGUUACGCGCGCCGUUUAUAAUAAACAGAGUCGCGGUCGUUUUAUUAGUUCGUUAAAAUCGCCGUGUAAAUAAUACGUCGCGGACGCGGCGAGCAGGUAUAUUAUAAUACGUUACGUACAGGUACACCGCGUAUAUUAAAAUAUAUUAUUAUAAUAUGUACACGUGUAUAUUAUAAUAACGUGUAUAUCAUUAUUAUGUGUACACCACGGAGGCGUGUGUAUAAAAGUAAUAAUACGCGUUUGCGUGCGUUGUAGGUUAGGUUUUGUUUUUGUUUUUGUUUUUUUUUUUUUUGUUCUCCGUUUCGGAAAAACGAUAAUGUAUUAUUAUUAUUAUUAUCGUUUUCAAUGGUGGAGACCGACCAUUAAUAUAGAAUACGUACGGUGCGCAUAUGGCGCGCGCUAUAAGUGUACACACCAUCGUCCGUCCGUACGGAAUCGGGGAUAGUAGAGUCACUCACAGCCGAGUUCCGGACGUUCACGUUUAUCUUCUUUCGUAUAAACGGCGAUUUUAAGGUAAAAAAAAAGAAGAAAGAAAAAAAUAUUUAUAUUUUGUCGCGAUACUCAUCAUUGUGCUAUCACGAUGGCCGCUGCCGCCGCCGCUGCCGUUUGAUUAAUUAUCCACAGCCAAACGGAACGAUAUUUAUCGCGUAUAAUAAUAUAAUAUAAUACUCGUAUUUAAUAUUUACGACUGCUUCGCGUUUAAUGGUUUCUUUCUUUACGUUUUUUUUUUUUUUUUAUUUACUUUUCAAUUUAUACUAUUAUAACCGACCGCGUCGCCGAUAAAUUCAAUUUUCCCCGUUACUCGCGUAAUCGCGGCAGUGCAGUGCAGUACGGUUCUUUUUUUUUAUAGCUAUUUGUUCCAUUAUUGAAAUUAAGAACCCAUAUGCUUACCGCUGCUGCAGCUAGUUCAUUCGCCUAUUGUACGUAUUUAAAAUUUCGAAAAUGAUUAAAUACGCAAAUUUAUUGUCAUAUAGAAAUUCAAAAUACAAUCAUCGUUCACUUAUAAGACAAUAAGUUUACACGGGAUCGUUAUUCGUUAAACUCGCAUAUCAACACACGUUUUUGUGCGCAUUACCUUAAUGCGUUUAUUUGAUUUGUCAAAUCGAAUUAACUCUAAUUCUCGUGUUAAGAAGUGCGCCUAUGUAUAGAUAAAAACGAUAAGCGGAUUAAUAUUUUUGACAAGGAAUUAAGUAUUAAAUUAUACAUUAUAUACAAAUAUGUAUUAUACAUGUAUAAUUCAUAUAUUAUGUAAUUUUAUAUGAGUUUAAUCCUAAUAUUUGAAAUGUGUACGUUGUACAUAAAUCUGCGCAAUAAUGCGCGUUAACUGAGGCCUUAUUAAAUUAAUGCGUAUUAGCGACUGCAUAAUAUAUAAACGCAGUGUAUAACUAUAUCCCUAUACGUAAAAUUAUGCAUUCCAUGUAAUGUCGACAGUAAUAAUAAUACAAAUUAUAAAAACAUUUUUUGUGUAUAGGUACCAAAUAGAUAAAAUAGUGAUGAGUGAUUUUACAUUAUUAUAAUAUAGUCCUAAUGGUAAAUAAUGAUGGCGAUAUUAAAAACUAAAACCGCAUUUUAUUCGAUUAUAAUAAACUAUAGAUUUUGAAACAAAUAAAUUAUUAUCAAAGAAUUUUAUACUUAUGUAAUUUUUUACUUGUUUGUAAAUACGUGAAUCUUUAAACGUGUAAAGAUAAAAGAAAAAUGUGUAAUAUUGCAUCGGUAAAAAAAAACACUAUAUACAUGUCUGCUAACUAGUGAAGCCUCAUUCGUUUAGCACUGUACAUAAUAUAGUAAUAAUGUACGAAAAUGUAAACAAACGGCCUCACUCGGUGACACCUGGUGGUGUCCAAUCCAGGUAUUUAUUAUCUAUAUAUGUAAUGUCUACAAAAUUUGAUAAAUACAAAAAUAUGAUAUGAAAGAUGAUAAACUUUAUUUAUUUAAUUUCUUUAACGCGUACAAUAUAAUAUUCUCGGUCCUUGUAAUCGCAAAUUUUUUAACUACAGCUGUAGUUUGCACUUUUUAUUGAACGAUUUUCGCUUACAUAAUUAAUCACUUAUGUUAAAGUAACUCUAUACGCGGAGAGAUUGUAUUAUUUCGUAGACGCUUUGAUUCUGGAUGCGUGCAUCCGAAAUUCGUACCUAGUGAAAUUGCAGUGUUUACCUCUUCCGAGAAUGAUGCCACUAGAUUCAAAGGGUUAUUUGCACUUUACGCGCGACUUAUAAUUCUGUUUUGAAGAUCUAAUUAAUUCCGCGUUUGUCUUAUAUAUCACUAAAGGAGACUUCCGUACCCACGAUACUUUGUUCGUUUGAAUACUUCAGCUGUGGGAGUGAACAGGGGGAUUCUAGCACACCGCAUAUUAUGGCCCUUGACCUCUUCGUGAUACACAGUUCAGGAACUCUCAGCACGUUCUCUUUAAUCUCGUCACUCGUAUGUGCAGUAUGAGGUUGACGGGGAUAACGCAUGAUGGAUAACAAGACAAUGUAUGACAAGAAACGUAGGUACCCGUCAAUAGAAACCCGAAUGGAAUAGUUAUUACAAUCAGUGGUUUUCAACCUUUUACUAAUAGCGAACCUCCAAUUUCUUUUUUCAUGCAAGACGACCCCUUAAAAAAUUGUUUCAUAGAAGUUGAAUUAAAAUUAUUAGAAAAAUCAUUUUAAUUUUAAUUUUUAUAGAAUUGGAUACCAAUAAUUUUUUUUUUUUUUAUCUAACAACACUAAUGCAACACAGCAAUUUUUAAAACAAUUUCGGCUAUCAGUCCGAUAUAUCAAAGCGAUGAAAACAAAUUUGAAUUCAACGUGAAGUGUAUACAGGAUUGGACCGAAUGCCGGAAAAUAAUAUAGGUCUACAUCGGUAUGCUGAGUUUGCGUUAGACUUUGAACGAGAUAAUAUCGGUAUCCAACUCCCUUCAACUCGAACAGUUGAUUAUUUUCAACGUAAUCGGUUUGAUUUUAGACCCGCAUACUCGAAUUUUUAUACGGUGGUUGGAUCCGUGUCGCCGUAACGCGUGAUGAAAACAAACCCGUCGUUUUUUUAUUCUCGCGCAGGGCGGUUUUUUUUUUUAUUCUUCUCCUCGAGUGGCGGUCGCCCGAAUGUUCGAUCCGGGCACAGCAUGUGAGCCCGGAUCGUCAAAGGUGUUACAAAUCAUAAUCACAACCAUAUAAUAAUACUACCUAUGUUAUUAUGUAACAACGACGACGCGAGCGAGCCGAUACUAGAGAGAUGCGCAGCGCGGCGUCUAAUGGAAUUUCAAUGUUUUUUUUCUCUUUUUUUUUCUCUAUCCGUCUUCGGUGUUUAUCUGAUGAUGCGUAUAUUAUUUUAUAUUCGGCGUUGCCUAUUGUUGUCGUCGAGCGGUCGGUCCAUCCGGACAAGUGUCUGGUGAACGGGUGGGCGAAAACCCUACGACGACGACGACUCCCACUCGGCGGCGGCGACGGCCAUAACGUCGAAAACGAUAUAUAUAUUUUUUCCGUUUCUUUAUUAUUAUUGUUGUUGAUCGAUCGGCCACUCAAUACGGCUAUAGUAUAUACGGAGAGACGAUACCUACCCGAGUGCGAUUUAUCGUAUAAUAAUUUAUGAUCACGCUCGCGCGCGCUCUCUCUGCGUAUACCUUGGGCAUCAUUCGCACCGCGCGUCUGGUCAGCCGACGACGUACGAACACGUCUUGACGACUACAAUGUUAUUAUUUUCUCGAUUGCAUACCGGCGUUAUCGAAUUUUGUAGAUUGCCGUUCUUCUGGUACAGAAAAGAUCUCACCGUAGACUUAAAUUAUAAUAAUAAUAUAACAUUUCGGAUAAUAUAGACCGCGAAUUAAACUUGUUUCGCAUCUAUAACACGUUUGGACCACAACAUCUCAUGAGCGCGACACACCCUGAUGAACUUAGGGGGCAUUAAAGUCACUGAUCAUUUCCACCAAACCACGUUCAGUUUUUUCUGUUACGAAUUAUUCUAUUAUUAGUGUCAGUAAACUAUGCAUUAUCUACCGUUAAAUUAAUAAUGUUGUAAUUUGUUCGGAUUAAAAAAAAAGUUAAAAAUAAACAAAUGUGUGACAUAAUAAUAUAAUAAUCAUGUAAACAGAAGUUACAGUUUAUAGAAAAAUGUAAAGUUGCAAAGUUAUCUUAUGUUUUGGAGAAGAAGACUAACCCCCUUCCACCAGCCGGGUACGUCAGUGGUAAUAUCAAGUAUACGAUUGUAACAAUAUUAUAAUUUUACUGCUGGUAAUAGUUUUUUUUUUUUUUUAGUUACAUUAAAUUUCAUAACGAACCGAGAGACAGAAAAUUAACAAAUUCAUCUCGUAUACUAUCGAAAAAACCAAAAUAUUGUAUUAUGGAUUAUACACAGUUAAACAUAGUUAAACGGACACGAAACCGUCAUGGUACGGAUAAUAAUAAAACCCGUCCAUUGUUUUUUUUUUUAAACCUCGUAGUAUAAUAAUAAUUUUUUUUUUUUUAAUAAUAUAUUCCGCGUGGGCAAUAAUAUUAUCAUCUCGAACGAAGCAAUUGUCAAUUCGUAUAUACGUAUGUACGUAUAUUAUACACAGGCCGUGCGGCACGUACCAAUUAAUUCCAGAUGUUUACGUUUUUCUACGCCGCCGUCGCCGCGGUGAGGUCGUUGUAUAGGUAUCUACGUCCCGACGGGUUCCCGCGGACGUUUAUUACGUUCCAGAUUUUUACGCCGGACCGGAUUUAUUUUAUAUUUUUCAUUUCAUUUUACAGAUGAUUAAAUUCCAAGUUUUUGGUUUUUUUUUUUUUUUUUAAAUUUUAUAGUAUUAUUAUUAUGCGGUCGACGAGUUGUAGACGAGCGGGUCGCGAGGUUAUUUGUAGUACCGCGGUAUUAUGCGCGUGUGUUUUAUUAUUGUACCCGGUUGAAAUGUAUAUCUUGAUGGAAAAAAAAAACACUCGUAUUCCGUUUAAAAAAAAACCGUAUCGAACUGUCAUGUUUAUCCAAGUACUCGGGUACGGUACGCGAACGACGGUAUUAUUAUUAUCAUUAUAAUAUGCAUUAUCGUGUUAGCGUUUUUGUUGGUCGGGAUUCGUCGGAUAACGAGUGAAAAAAAAAUAUACAUACAAAUAUUGUAACAUUUGACGCAUUUUUCACUGCGGUGUUUACGAUCGUAAACCGUUUGGUGCAGUAUGUACCAAAUUAUGUAUAUGUAUCGUUUUGUCGCCGCGCAUAAUCAUUAACGUAUGUCAUACACCAAUCGCGUUUGCCGGUUAUUGAUGUACACAUAUGUUCCCGAAAUAGUUCGCAAUUAACGGUUUUUUGUUAUCAUCAUAUGCGGAAACGUUGCACCUGUUGAUUUGCCACAACGUUAUCGCCGUCACCCAAUUAAAAAGUUAAUUAUUUAUUUUCAAAAAAAAAUAAAACAAAAAUACACAUUUAUACCGUUUUUUAUUGUACCGUAUUGUUUUUAUUACGAGUCGAAUAUUCGAUAGAAAAAUAUUUUUAAACGCCGACGUGGUUGGCGGCAUCUGCGCGUCUGUUAAUUUUCUAAUACUCUUAAUGAGUUUUGUUUUGUUGUUUUGAUUAACCGAGUGAACAAAUUGCCUAAACACGAUCCCUUGAAAACGAAAUAUUAUUAUUUUAUAGUGACUGGCGAUUCGCGGAUGAUGAUUUACUGUCUGGGAACGAGAAUAAUUACGACCGUUACGAGUUGAUUGUAUAAAGCAACUAUAUGCAACUGUAGUUAGUGGGAAAUUUUUACACGACAAAAAAAAAAACAAUAUCCGAACACGUUAUUCGGACUUUAAAACGCCGUAUGUAUACGCGGACUCGUUUCUCCGAAGUUAGCGAAGAGUCGUAGUGCGUCUCGUUUUAAUUGAUCGAUCUACACGUUGGAUCGAACUUGAUUCUUGUUGUAGACGUGUUGUUUGUACGACGAACGUAUUCAGAAGACGUCUCGUCGGAAAGCUCGAAGUGAAUCACUAUUAUAAAAUAUGUAUUACGUCACGUGUAUUUAUACACUUAUGUGUACUUCGGACUUUGUAUAUUAUUUAGUAUUUCGAUAAAGUCGUUUUUUGGAUGUACACUGUGUGGUGAUGUUGUUUCGACUUCGUUUGCGAUUCUACGAGAAUAUAAUACAAAAUGAAUCGAUACUGCAGUUCGGUAGGACGCGAAACACAAUGCCGUAAAGUACGAUAAAAAAACAAAAAAAGUGACGCAAUUAUAAUAUUUAGGUAUCGAUCGAAAACAAUGGGACGAACGUAAAGAUCUAAAUACGGCAUCUGGCAUUGUCGUGGUACGUGCGUAUUUUUAUUUUUUAUUAUUUUUCGCUGACCGGCGUGCUUUAUGUACGUAAAGUAAUACGAUAUCCACGAUCGUAAACGUCAAUAAUAAUAUUAUUACGACGCAGUCGUUGCUGAACAUUUUGGAACAAACGAGUUUCCAAGACAGUAUAAAAAACAAGUCGACUCUGCAUGUAUGCGUAAAUAAGGGGAAGUCUGGCAAGUUAUAUACAAAGAGGGUAAAUUUUAUCGAUUAACCCAUUCGUUUAUGCUAUGAAUUAUGGGAUAAAUACACGCGAUAAUAUGAUAAUAUGGCAAUUAGUCGAAAUCGUCUGUAUCACAGAUAUUGAGAAACAUCUUUCGACCUAAUUUGAUGAAGGCCUAAUUUUAUAUUGUUUUCAAUAUAAGCAAAUUCAAUUUUGAAAAUUUCUAAACGGCUAAACUAUACUAAACAGCCUAACCUAAACGCAUGCGUUUUAAAUGCCUUAAGUCAUAUAACUAAAGGUAUAUAUAAUAAGCUUUUCUUCUCUGGAACCUAAGAUUUGUAACAAUGUAUAGUUUUAUUAUAAUUUAUGAGAUACUAACGUUUUGUAUAUUGUGAUCUUCAAGUCUAAAAACUAGCUAUUUCCUUUACAAAAUCUAACUAAAAUUAAUAAUGAAUGAUUUGAAGCCUGCGUAUAAGCGUGAGGUCUGGUGCGGUCACACAUUUCGCACCGCUCUUCCAUCAGCUCUGGUUUUCAUAUAUGUACCUAGACAGGUGCAUGCGUAUUUUUUAUCGAUACAACCAUUUUCCAUUAUCUUUGUGAGGAUUAGAAUCUUAUCGCGUGCAUGUAUAACAUUAUUAUGAAGUUAGAUAGUAUAUUGAAAGAUACUAUCCUAGGUUUUUUGACGAAUCGCACACACAAUUCUCACGAAAAUGGCGGACCAGGACGUUUUCAACUCUUGUCACUGUAUAGUUAAACAUCUAUGCAUAGUGUAUUUUGUAUUUUAUAUAACUAUUAUAAAUAACCUGCGGUUUCAACUGAGUCUAUUCGGGUUUAUAUAAUAUCGUCGUAAAAUUUACGACGCGUAAACGACGUUAUUAUUUCAUUGGUUAAUAUCGAUACGCAAAUAAUAUUUACCCUCUUGGUAUACGGCUUCCAAUCUUCGUGUUCCUGUGAUGUUCGUGUCUCUAAUGGCUGUUUAUCAUAUUAUUGUACAAUGGUUGUUUUAAAAUAUUAAUAUAUCUACGUGUCCGAAACCCAGAUUGCCGUUUCACCGCGACACCUCAAAAUGUUUUCAACGACCGGUUUUUUUCUUUUUUUGUCAGGUACUGCUGAACAGUUGUUAUAAUGACGAUUUAUUAUUACUAACGUGACUUAUUGUAAAAUAUAACUUUUUUUUUAAAACCAGUUUUCAGUUACAGUAAUAAUAUAAUAUUAUAUAUUAUAUACGAAAACCGUCAAAUUUAUCGCGAUCAUUAAAUUCGUUAUGCGUUUUGUUUGCCGCGCGGUCACUGGGUACCUUAUUACAAUACUAUUAAAGAUGCAAAUUCGCAAUGGAACAAAAAUAAAUAAAUAAACGACACGAUUCGCCCGACACUCGAAAACACACGUUUACUACACAUACCUAUACAAUAUUAUUGUCAACCGUUCGUAUACGUACGUCUUAAUUUAUAUAUCGAAUAUUAUGCAUAAUAUAGCUAGAGGCGAGAGGGGAAGUUACCGAACGUAACUAAAUUUAAUUUUCCAUUGUCUUCGCGUACCUACCCCUAGAUGUUUAAAAUAAUAAUAACAAUAUAUUAUUAUAUUUAAAUAAUUCACAUGUUGUGUAGUAUUAUAUCGACAUCUACUAUAUAUUAUAUAAUUACGUAGGUAUAUUGUUUAUGUGUAUGGAUAAUACCUAUUCAAAAAUCGUGAUUUAAAAAAAAAAAAAUAAUGACUAUUGUUUAUAUACGAUUUCCGGGUGGAUUAUUAUGAUUUAUUAUAUUAUCACAAUAGAUUGUCUAUCGCAUCUGUUAACUACGAUAGUUACAAUGAAAUUUAAGUUAAUUUUAAUAAAGUCGAGUUUAAAAAAAAUAUAUUAAUAACAACUUUUCACGAAAUUAUAUCAAAAUUAAAGUUAAAUUUAGUUUUUAAUUUUUUUUUUUUUCUAAAUAUUUAAAUAAAUCCAAAAACUUAUUCAAUACAUUGACUGUUAAAUUUAAUUCUGGGCAUUACUCACUAAGAGUAAUUAUUACCUAUACGUAUACGAGUUAAAGAAAGCCAAAAAGUAUUUUCUCAUUCUAUAAUUGAAUGACUUUAACUUUUAACUGCAAGUAAAGGUCUUUUUUUUUCAAAGUAAACCAAAACAUAAUUUACUUAUGCAACACGCAAUAUUAUAGAUUUGGCUCUGUCGUAACACGAAACCGAUUUCUUUUUAACGGGCUUUAUUUUACGGCAUUGCAAAACAAAUAUACAAAUACUGCUAAAAGUUCUACUCUGCCAUAUUUGCAGGAUUGCUAUAGCAGAUAAUUAUGGUUCGGUAAUCGGCUAAAUUGUCCAAAUUCAAAUUCUCGACCGCUGAUAGAUUGUCGAGUAUACAUAGUCGUGACCGAUGUAUUUGUCGAUCGUGAUAAAUCAAAAUGUCCGAACGCUAAUGAUGGCGAAUACGCGACUUAAAUCUCGCGGAAAAAUCGAACCGCGUCAAAUUGCGUCGUGAAAAUUGUAUUAAUAUUAUUAUUGUGUAUAGACGUGGAAUGUCCGACGAAGAUCAAUAAUAUCCGAGUGAAAACGCGUUACCAUGAUAUUUCGUGUCGCAGUAAUUCGAAUUUACUUAUGCAACGUAAAACAGUGGCGGCGUGCCCGUGAAAAGUCAACGGAGGGGAGAGAGAUUAAAAUCCCUCGGUGCGUACGCCACUGAUCCGCGUUAUUUCGCUUAAGGUGUUUUCGGGUUUGUAUACUAGUGCAGGAAUAGUAUUAUGAUAUUAUUGUAUACGCGGGUAAAUACGGCGUGUUAAAAAAAAAAAAAUAAAUAAAUAAAUUAAAUACGCGUAAGUAUUUUAAACGUCGCUGCGAAUAAUAAUUUUCCCCCGAAAAUAAUACGCCUAACGGCCCGGGUUGCUGCAACAGGCGAGGUCCUCGCGAGUUGUGCCCACACCGUCCGAUAUUAUAUUAUAUGUAUACAAUAUGCAUAUUAUAUAGGCGUCUUAUUUAGAAUUCAUUAAUAAAUAUAAAGACGAGAUAAAAAAAAAAAAUGUAAAAAAUGUCGACCUACGUAGAGCAAUUACGUACGUCAGUUCGGUCGAGGAGGCGUCAGAGGGAUAGGAGGGGGUUACGAUAUUUUAUUAUCGCCCCUUGUCGCAGCCACAUAAUAAUAAUAAUAAUAAUAAUAUGGAUCAUUUAUGCGCGUAUACGGGAAAAUUAUAAGAGCCGACGAAAGGUAUACGCGCGGAUGAUCUAUUAUCAUUAUAUUAUGCGACGGGCCGGAGAUGAUAAUAUUAUAAUAUAUCAUGUUCGAUUCGCGCCGCCGUACGUAGUAAAAUGAUAAAUUAAAUAAUUAUUUGUCGAUAUUAUAUUAUGUAUAUUGUAAACCAGUUUUUUUUUUAUGUACCCGAGUGUAUGUUGUAUACGUAUUAUUUUUUUUGCGUUACGUCGUUGAAAUGCGCCCACACGGCGCCCGACGUUCGCGACCGCGACGUCUCGAUCGCGGCCCGCGCCGGCGCCGUGAGGAAUUUCCCGAAUUUCCCGUGUCCGACACGCCCGGGAAACGGAAUUUUCCGCCGGUCCGUCCGUUUCCCCGGGGUACUUAUCCCGGGCUCUCGGUCCGGACCGGGCGCCCCGAAAAUUCCGGGGUUCCGCCGACUUUUGGCGAACAUGUGUUCGGCCGGAGGUGUCCUUGCGCGGCCGUACCCAUACACCGCGGUACAUGCACGUAUAUAUACUUAAUAACAUUAUCGUAAUACCCGCCGCCACUCAUUAUGUACAAAAAAAAAACAAAAAGGUCACAACGAUAUAUACAUUUUGAGACCUUCGGUUCAAUAUAACGGACUGUGCCGUAAAUUUUCCGUAUUCGAAUCGAUGGCAUUGCCAAAUGCAGGUAACCUCAUUUUUUAAAAAAAACGAUUUUUUUUUUCCACAGAGAUAACAUAUACCGUCUGGACCUAGACGAUCUGAAAAUUAUCGAGACUGCCCGAUGGCCGGCCACCGAGGAAAAGGUGCAGCUUUGUCUGGUGAAAGGCCAGAGCGUCGACGACUGUCACAACUACAUCAAGGUGCUCUUAUCCACCGGAAAACGGCUGUUCGCCUGCGGUACUGGAGCGUUUUCGCCACAGUGCACGUGGCGAGAGGUUAGUGUGCAUGGUGCAUCCUAUUUAUAUACCGUAUUUAGUGUAUAACAUUAAAAUCCGUUAAUUUCGGUCUCCGAUGAGUUAUACCGCGAAAUUAUCAUAAACACCAUCACGUCUAAAUUUAAUAUACAAGUUAUUCGAUGAAAUACAACCAGACGGGGCGCCCGAAUAAGAAUAAUUGCGUGGUAACAUUUUAAAAUUUCAACUGCAUGUGUAGAAAUAGUUUCUGUAAAAAUUUCGAAAAACCCCCUACCUUGUUCUAUGCGAUUCGCGUGAUCAUAUUUCUAAGAGGGUCGGAAACGGUAAGGAAACACUUGUCCGUUUUAUUGUUUAUUAUUUUGGUUUGACCUGCUGAUACUCCGGCUUCCGUCCAAAUAAUCACCCAACAUACUAGACCAGUGUCGCUGAAUCUUAUACAAAAUUAAGCCCAGAGUCAAUUAAUUUUAGGCCGAAGUUGAAUCGUGAAACUUACUUCAGUAUACAGAAAUAAAAUCCUAUACACUAACCAUGAUUUUACACAUAUAAUGUGCUGUACUUAGUUAUUGGAGCCUCUUGAAAUGACUACAUUUGUAGGACUUCCGCGCCACUGUAUACCGUUGGCUACCUCAUCGUUUCUAUCCUUCUGUCUCGUUGCGCGUGCCUACAUAAGCCGCGAUAGAAACGCGCACUGUUUAUACGCACGAAUAACGUCGUAAUUUACCUUUCAACGACCCUCGUUUUAGUGGCAACACGGCGGUAAAUCGUAUUGUGAAAAUCGCUCCCAGGCGGGCGGUCGGUCGCUCGCUUGUUUAUAAAAAUAAUAAUAAUAAUAAUAAUAAUAUAUAUUCUCUUCGCCGUGGUUGGGUCAAGUUUAGGUUAGGUUAGGUUAGCUGUCCGAAAGCGCGUACGAUAAUUUUUAGCCGACCGUACGAAAUAAUAUACAUCAACGUCGGUACCGGGGAAAGUGCGCGCGCGUCAUUAUCAUAAUAAUAAUAUUAUUAUGUUCUCGGCAGCGUGAUUGACUAUCAUCGCAUAAAUGCAGCACGACCGUGUGACUAUUGCUGCAUUUCUCCGGUGACCGCGGUAUACUUACUGGUUUUUCACUUUUUUUUUUCCUACACAGAUGGAAAACGCCAACGGCGUGACGGACACGGUAUGGGGCGUGGGCAAAUGUCCAUACAGCCCGCUGUCCAACAUCACCGCCAUGAUCACGUUAAACGGCCAGUACUUCGCGGGCAGUCCGAUGGACUUUUCCGGGGUCGACUCGGCCAUUGUCCGCGAUUUGGGAGCCUCGUAUCUUCGCACGAAAAACUACGACGCCAAGUGGCUAAACGAGCCCCAGUUCGUCGGAUCGUUCGAGACCGACGCCUACGUGUACUUUUUGUUCAGAGAGGCCGCCGUCGAGUACAUAAACUGCGGCAAGGUACGUGAUUUCAAUAUCUGGGUAUUACCUAUUCAAAAAAUGUAUUUAAUUGCAAAAGGGUUAAAAAAAAUAAAAUAAUAACGACAAUGGUCGAACUGCACUCUUCCAAUAACAGGUAACGGUCGUACGUUUCAACAAAAAAGUUCGAAAAAAUAAACUUAAUUUUAAAGGGAAACGAAAUCGGAAAAUAUUACGCUCAAAAUCAAUUACCGGAGUACAAAUUUUGAUUUCAGUUUCAUAUAUUACUACGAAAAAUUAUUUCAAAUAAUAGUAAUAAUACAAAUUUUACUUGUUCAAAAAACAUUAACAUAAAAAAUAAAUAAAUAAAAAACCAAUGUUCAACCUAAAUGAUACAAAUUAUUGAUAUGGCAGUCCUACAACCUAGCAUGCAAAUGGGAAGGGAAUUGAAUGUUUUAGAACCUUUUUUUUUUUAACUUGCGUGAAGUUCGACCGUUGAAAAUUUGAUUAUUUCGAAGGGUCAGUGUUGCGGACAAAUACAGAAAACUAAAUUUUUCUGUUUCCCGACAUUAUCAAAAAAAAAAAAAAAAAAAUUCAAAUUUAUACAAACUGACGACGUGAUGUUACAGAGGGUGUACUCGAGAAUCGCUAGGGUGUGUAAAAACGACGUCGGCGGACAAACCAUGCUACGGGACAAUUGGACGACGUUCAUCAAAGCCCGCCUUAACUGUUCCCUACCUGGCGACUAUCCGUUUUACUUCGACGAGAUCCAAAGUAUGACUUACCUGCCGGACGACGGACUGGUUUACGCCACGUUCACCACGCCGAGGUAAGCGAUCCGACUUGGGCUCCGCGAGACUUCGCAAUCGUUUCUACGGUGUCGAUGCGUUAUUAUUAUUUUUUUUUAUUUUCCUUGCGAAGUAACGGUAUCGCUGGUUCGGCGGUGUGCAGUUUCAAUCUGUCCUCUAUAAACGCCGCGUUCAACGGGCCGUUCAAGCACCAAGCUAACGUCGGUUCGGAAUGGGCACGGUACAAUCCGCCACAUCAGCUCAACCACGGCCACUGCCAAAGACAGGACCCCAACCAGAUAAUCGACUCGUCCAGGUAUAUAAAUUACGGUUGAAUAAUAUUAUUUUAUACAUCAUGUAUACUAAUACUGUCCCGCCCGGCGUUGCCCGUGCCAAAAUGAAUAAUAUUAAUUUUAUGUUUCGAUUUGGUUUUCCAUUUUAUUUCAUCGUUAUGUGUGUCCGUAAGAUAAGCCAUGAAUCGAUAAAAGUGAUUAGAUCUCCGUACCGAAAAUACCAAUAACUCCGCGGCAGCCCCUCUUUUGGGAUAUAUGAAAGUGAAGUUGAAUAAUUUCGGAAUUCAUAAAAUUUAAUCUGUCCCAAAUCGUCGAUAAAAUUGCCUAUACCCAAUCUCCUAUUAACAGAAGGUGGUAACUCGUCCUCUUAUUAAAAAUAUCUAUAAUAUUAUUAUGCGUGCGGUUUAAAUUUUACGAUUUGUCGAAUUUCUAUUUGUAUAUUUUUAUCAUGUAAAUCGACUAAUUUAUAUUCGAUUUAUUCUACAUUCUUUUCUGUAUCGAUUAUUUUAAUUCUAAUUAUAUUAUCGUCUACGUAAAUCUAAUAGAGAUUCCAAAUACACACAAUAGGUAUAGGGUAUAUAUUUUCAAUUAUCUAAAUCUAUAGGCAUUAAUAGCUUAUAAAAAAAAAUUUAAAUUACAAGUCGAUUUACAAUCGAUUAGAAUGCUGCAGCUGUACACGAGGAUUCCAUAUAUUAUAUUAUACUCGUAUAUAAUUGCAUUUCAGUUAGCCGAACGAGUUUUGUUAAUAUUUCGUGUAUGCUAGACGAAUAUUAUUAUUGGGUACUGUUUUUAUUUUUUAUUUUUAUAUAAGUGAUUGACGCAACGCUACAAGGCGAAAUAUUAUAAAAGUGGUUCCCGGGGGCAUGGGAAAUACUAUUUUAAUAGUUUAAUUCAUUUGGACGCGUACACAUCGAUGUUUGAUUUACGGGCGUUUAUUACUCGUACGUAUUUUAAGACUUCAGGCAGCGGUGCCGGUGUCGUGUCCUUUUUCAGGCGAAAUUGUAUGUUUUCUAAACAUUGGGUAUUGUUAUUUAUGAUUUUAUAUUAGUGAUGAUGAUCGUUAUCGAAUAUAUAGUUACUAUCGAAAUAUCCGACGGUUGAUUACAUUCGAGCUAGUCGAAAUAUUAAAAACUAUUCGGUUAUGGGGGGAAAAAAAACUAUUCGAAUAGCGUUUUCUAUUUGAUUACAUUCGUGUACACUCCGCAAAUGUACCUUGUACUAUACGGAUAUAUAUAUAUAUAUAUAUAUAUAUUGUAUAAUACGGAGUGGAACAUUAUACAGGGCGAUUUUUUUUAUUAUUAACCAUGAAAUUUUUCGGAGGAUUAUGUGAACUUUCGAAAUGAAUAUGAUUUCUUCUUUUUUUUUUUUUUAAAUCAUUACGAAAUCGACUGACCCUUUUUUUAACAUAGAUUCGAAUAAAGAAUAUUUUCUUUAGAAACGUUGAUGUACAUAACACUAAUAUUAGACUUACCGUUUAUGAGUUACCUGUAAGUUUAUAACCGUUUAAAGUUUGGAUUGCAACUUAAAUGCAAUUUAUUACCCUUCCCUAUUACCCAGCCUAAAUUUAAAUGGUUAUAACUUAUAAAUGAUAAAUCUGAUAUUAUGUUAUGCAGAUCAACAUUUUUCGAAAAAUAUUUUUUAUUCAAAUUAGUGUUCAAUAAGGGGUGUUCCUAUUUGAAAAACAAAAGUACUUAUUUAAGGUAUUUAAGGAAAAAAUAUAAAAAAUGAUUUUAAAAGAAAGCCUAACCGAUUACAUAAUGAUUAAAAAAAAAAAUCAAAAUCAAAUUCACUUAAAAUCCUCCGAGAAAAUUGCUGGUUCAGAUAAAAAUUUUAGCCUGUAUAAUUAUCGUAAUAUAUCGUUAAUUUGAUAACAGUUAUCAAACUAAAAUAUCGAUUACAUACAAAAUAGGUAUAUAUUAAAUGUAAUCUACGUACACCGUCGACGUACCCCCAAAAUUGACGUUUUCCUUGUUUUACACUAGCUUUGAUAAGAUACGCGCCGUCAUAUGGAAUUUCCGUAGUCUAUUGCAACUGCAUUGAUGAUUGCAUAUGAUAGUAGGCGAAACGUGCACAAUACUCGUGUAGAAGAGUAUAAUCAGAUGAAAAACUCUAUAAUAAUUUUUUAUGUGAAAAGGAAAAAUAUAAUUUUUUGAAACAUUCGAUUGUUUUCCCGAAUAAAAUUACAUUCGGUCACGGAAUAUGCGACAGUUCGUUCAUAUUAUUGAUAGUGUAAACUAUUCGGAAGUGCUCAUCACUACAGUUUGUGUGCAUCAUAUAUACUUAUAGAUACCAACUGAUGGACAACGCAGUGCAGCCCACCACUCUGGACCCGUUAUACUACAAGCCGUUGGAAAUUUUGACGCAUAUCGCCGUAGACGUCGUGCCGACCAAACCACAUGGAUCUUUGAAAGUCCUGUACGUGGCCACGGCUAAAGGAACCGUGAAAAAGAUAACCAUUCUGCCCAAGACCUCGGUCACGUGUACGCUGGAAGAAUGGAAUUUAUUUCCCGAGAACUCGGGUUCGCAAAUCAUGGCGUUGCAUUAUUUGAAAGUCACGGUACGUACACAUACCUAUAAUCAGGGUUGGGUAGUAUCUUUGAUACGGUUCUGGAAAGUAUCGAGUAUCUUGUAUUGUGAUUGGGGAUGGGCAUGAAAUCCGAAUAUCCAAAUUAUCCGACUAUCCGGAUAUUUGAAUCUGGAUUUGCUUUUUUAACUUACUAGAUCACUCUAUUUUCUCAACUAAACACACGACGACAUAGAACUUAAAUUUAAUAAAACGUUAUACAUAUUGUUAUUAAAUUGUUUGUUAUAAAACGAAUUCACUGCGUGUAUGGAAUGCGUUAAUAUGACCUAUAAUUAUAAUACAAUACAGCAUAGGGUAAAUAAUAAUCAAGGUUUAAUUAAUAAAUUUAACAAUAAACAAUUUUGUUAGUUAUCGAACUAACAAAAAAUAGUAGAAUUUUUGAAUACUGGAUAUGUCCUUUAUAACUAAUAAAUGUUGAUACUAAAAUAAAUGUAUUUUGUAUAUCGAGUAUCGAGAGUGUGUAUAGAUACCUACUAAUUUUUAAGUAUCCAUCACCCAUGUCUCUUAUGUAUACAAAUACAUACAUUUAUUUUGUGUUAACGUACGAGUUGUGACGGAUCUGAAUUAAUGAUUUUCCACAAUCAUUGUAUUAUACAGGACUCGAUAUACGUGGGCACCAGACACCGAGUUUUGAAAAUACCCGCCCAACACUGCGGCCGGCACCGGAGCAAAGAGGCGUGCAUGAACGCUAUGGACCCGUAUUGCGGCUGGAACGAACACGUAGACAAGUGUCAACCACCGACCAACGGCAACAUACUGGAGCACAACUGGAGACAGGACGUGACCAAAUGUCCGGACCGAUCACGGCCCAUAGACGGCGAUUGGUCCAGCUGGUCGGCCUGGGCCCCGUGCACGCAGAACGUCAACGGUAAGGAGUCCGUUGACCAGUGCCUGUGCUCAAGCAGGACGUGCACGAACCCCGAGCCCAAGUACGGCGGUGCUGAUUGCCAAGGACCCACCAUACAAGUAAUUAUAACAUAAUAUUUUAGGUCUAGUUUUCUAAGUCUGAGAGAUAAAAGCUCGCCCUUAGCGGCCUUCCUCUCCAUUAUUUAUCCCGUGAUACACUUGCGAUUCUCGGAGUGUGAUGAGAAGACGGCUAAAACAUCGAGAUCCAGGUAUUCCAGGUGUUGUUUUGAAACAUAAAAGUCUCGUCCGAAAUCCAAACUUAAUACUGUUUUAAUAAAGUUAAUAUCCUAUGUAUAAACCUAAAAUUCUUAAAUUAUUGAAAAACUAUGUCGAGCGCAAAAUGUAGUGUCACAUUUUGAAAUGUGAAAUGGGAAAGUAAAUAAUCUAAGCUAAUAUGGCUCGUUGUUCGAUUCGUUAGCAUUAAAUUCAUACCGAUAAUAAAUUCAAAUUGAAACAGUUUACAUAUUUUUUUUUUUUUGAGAUUAUGUUUCUUAUCACACACGAGGAGAACCCAUUUUUUCCCCAGUGCCUUCAAUAACUGACCAUUAAUAUUUAUGGUUAUUUUUUAUGAAUAAACGUCUCAAACUCACCUGUUAUAUCGUAUAUUAAAGACGCGUAUAAAAAAAUAAUAAAAUUUCUAUUAAAUGAUUUCUAAAUAUUUUUUAUCGAGGAGUCGGACACCUUGGUCAUAAGGGUGCAAUAAUAGUUUUUUUCUAAAGUUUAGAAUCAGGUCAGGCUAGGUUAGACGAUGAACUCGCUUGUCGCGUUGAUUCUAUAUAACUCUUACACGAAAAAAAAAAUAAGAUUUUGGUAUGGGUAAAAUAAAAGGCAACCCCUAUAUUUUUUUCGGGUAGAAAGAUGAAAUGUGCGCGGUGACCGCGCUGCACCGGCCCGUAAAUCGGAAGCAUCCGCCCGGCAAGCCGCUAAUUAUAACGCCGCUCGGAACACAUGGUGCGGACGAAGACGACAAUGUAAUAUUCAUUAUUGACGUUUCACCGCAAUAGCUGCACGAGCCGUUACGAUAAAAAAAAAAAAAAAAAAGUAUAUUAAUAUAAAUGCACUGUUGUAUUCACGCGGAAUAGAUAAUAUUGUUCUAUCAUUAUUAUUGUCUUUCGGUUCGACGCCCAUAUAAAUUGGUUUUAUAUGCAAAUGUUUCGCGUAUGCGUUUUCAUAUAAAGAAAAAAAAAACCACCUAAUAUACAGUAUGCAAACGCGUCGUAUUUCGUAUAUAGAUUGCCGUUCGAACGAAAAAAAAAAAUAAAAAAAAUUCUGGUUCUCGUAUAUUAUAUGUAUAAUAUGAUAACGAGUAGUAAAAAAAAAAAAAUCUAUUAAACGUUUUAUUAUUAAUCUUAGAGAGGUUUGCCGGGGUAUAUAUUAUUAUAAUAUAAUGUACGCGAAUCAUUCGAGAUCGUAUACAUUCGAUAAAUAUCAAUUUUACUACCGAGCGAAUCCUACGCGUGUACAUAGGUUUAGGUUCGUGCCGUGUACUCGCGUAAAUAUCGCGCUAACAGCGUCCUCCCCCGUAUACCCGGUUACGUAUUUUAGCUGUCGUGUACCUUAUACUAUCUGUCAUAAUGUAUAACCUAACCUAAUACACUACCUAUGUUAAUGUUCAGGUGACCAAUUGCACCGUCCACGGACAGUGGUCGAGUUGGUCGGACUGGUCGGCGUGCACGCAGAGUUGCGGUUCCGCCGUGAAAGUCCGGAAGAGGACUUGUGGAAAUCCUGCGCCGGCGUUCGGCGGUCGCGUGUGCGUGGGACGCGACACGGACGAAAUGUUUUGCCAUUCGAAUCCGCCUUGUCCGGGUACGUGCGGAGUUUUAUGAAAAACAUUUGUACAAAAAAAAAAAUGGCCAUAAUUAAUCCGGUUUUUAUCCCACACAGUUUCCCCGCCGUCCGUGAAAGAGCCCGGUUGGGGCGCUUGGGGCCCGUGGGGCAGGUGUUCGGCGAAAUGCGGCGGCGGCUUCCGGCAGAGGUCGCGGCAGUGCGACAAUCCGCCACCGCAGGAAGGACAAGACUGCGUCGGAUGCUCGGAAGAGUACGAACUGUGCAACCAGAAACCGUGCGUGGAAACCAGCAAGAAAGUGACGGCCUGGACGCCGUGGGUACCUGCCGGCAAUGGCACCCACAAGAGGUACAGGUUCUCGUGCCGGACGCUGCCGGAACAGUCGACGAUGACUAUUAUGCAGGACAAGGAGGAGAACAGGCUGUGCCAAGACGGAACGUGUCACAGACUCGGUGAGUUCCACUAAGAGCAAAUGAUCGGUUAACUAUACUGAGCGAUUCGGAAUUUCAAGAGAUUUAAAUUUUGAAUAUCAUAUCAGAAAACAAUUGUUGAUAACAUAGGCAUAUUAUAUAUAGUUCUCAAUAUUAUACUGGGAGUCUGAGAAUUUUCUGUUUGCCUGGUGAAAUGUGUUAUUAUAGGUCAGUUUUUCGAUUUAGAUAUUUAUUUUAUACAAAUUACGAAACAAACAAAAACGAAUAUAAUUUGAAUUGCUUAUAGAUUUUUUUUCCCAGUGACGAUCGUCGGCCCGUACAUUUUUGAAAUGACGUGCAUCGGAAAAUGUCCAAACUUUGCUCGUAAUGAUCGAUUAUAUCUCUAGACUGUAAAAAAAUCCGUCGUCGAUUCGAACUUUUUUCAAGAGCGUUAGGCUGUCUGUAAAAUCACUUCAACGAAACAUAUAAUAUUUAAUUUAUUACUAUACGCAACGAUAAAUCAUUGCUAACGAAAAAUGAUCUGAGCAGAGUUAUUAUGUGUCAUAUUUUUCCCCUUGUUGUCAAGGUAACCACUUCAAAAAUCAACACAAUUUUCUUGAAAAAUUGCAAUUUUUUCCCCAUUUAUUAAAAAAUACCAAUAAGCAAAUCAAAAAAAAAGAAAAAAAUGAUCAACCCGAUGUACCAACUAGAUAAAAUAUGCUACAUGAAAAUUCCUAUGAAAAUGAAAAGUUUUUGAACAGAUACAAAUAAGGGGAAAAACAAUAGAAUAAUCAGAACAUUCCGAAGAAUGUGAAUUGAUUUACUCAAUAUCUAAAAUACGAAACGAGAUAUCUAUACUCUGGGAUUCGGAAUGAUUUCCAACGGAAAAAUGCGCAUUGGCUUUCAAACCACUGUUGACUAGGUAUACAUUUUUACGGUUUGAUUAUUAUUGUUUUGUAGAUCAAUCGUCUGAUUCGGAAGAUUCGUGGUCAGAGUGGUCGCCGUGGAGCACGUGUUCCGCGGACUGCGGCGGCGGUGUCCAAGUUAAAACUCGGACUUGUGACGGCCCCGUGGACAAUUGCGAAGGAAUGUCCAGACUGACCAGACCUUGCAAUACGCAAAAGUGCAAAGGUAACGUAUGAAAAAAAAAUAAAAAAUCAAUCAUUAUAUUUCAUACUAUUACAUCACAAUAGUCGUACGAAUAUUUUACAACUUUAUCGUUUACACAUUGUAGGAGAAUGGAGUUGUUGGACGGACUAUGGCGAGUGUUCGGCGACGUGCGGUGGGGGCGUGAGAAUACGGACGCGCAACUGCAUGCUCAAGGGCAUGUUCGCUGAGGGGUGUGAAGGCCCUUCGGAAAGCGUGGAACCGUGUUACGUGCCUUGCCAAAACAUAGACAUGGGUUGGGAACAGUGGUCCGAAUGGUCGGACUGCGACAAGGACAACCAAAAGCACCGGACACGAACGUGCAGCCUGGAACAUUGUCAGGGGCCCGAAGUCGAAACCGUGUCUUGUUUCGAGACCAACAGGAUCGGUGAGUAGCGAUCCGUACAUUAAUAAUGUGCGUAACGCGGUGUAAACGUGAUUUCGGCAAAUGCGGAACCGGUAAACAAAGACACCGCCGGUCUGCGUAAACCGUCCGCGAGAGCCCGGCUGCGGAUCCAGGGGGAGGGCACAGGGGCAUUAUAAUUUAUAAUUGAUUUAUUGAAAAUAUAAAUAAUAACGUGUAAAGAAAAACAAAAAAAAAAAAAAAUGUCCGGAUCCGCCGCCGCGAGGGCCCAUAUAUAACUGUUAAAAAAAAAACUUUUAUCUAUAUUAUAGUGAACAGAUUACGAUUUUAUUUUUGCAGAGAGUUCGAGCGGCUCCGCCGUGUUGGCGUGUCUGGUGUCGUUCCUGACGGGCGCCGCGUUGACUUGCGUCGCGUUUUACGCGUGGCAGAAACGGCACAAGCCCAAGCUGCCGAGCAGCCCGCACUACAUCACCACCAAACAGAACCCGUACGUGACGGUGCCGAUGAAGGAAUACCGCGGACCGGCCGCCAAGCGGACGCCGUCGUUCACGAAACCGUCGACGGUCGCGGCCCAUCAUAACGGAAACGCCGGGACCGCGGCGGCGGCCGCCGCCGGUACGCUGCCCAAGUUGUUCAACAAGACGGGCGACUACGAAACGGCCACCAUCAAGCGGAACAGCCACAGCCUGGUCAACGGGCACAUGAGGACCAACCGCGGCCACGACCUGGAGCAGGAAAAGUUUUUCUGA